GUAUCUCUCUACCAGAAGCUGAUACCUUCCAAUCUCUGCAUAGAGGAAGACUGCUCAGAAUUACUUACCUGGGGAUCACACUCUUUGGCCGUCUCUUAACAGAAGUACACCUGUAUCUCCAAUCAUCCUCAGCAUCUUCUAGUGGUAAUGCCAAAUAACCCUUUAUAUACAGAAAGAGAUUUUUUUUUCUUUCUCAUUUCAUUUUCUAGUGCAUAUUUAGUAAUGGCUUUCUGUGUGAUUUGCUAUUAUUUGACUCUUGUUUUAUGCAUGUUUUAAAGAACAAGAAAACUUGUUUUUUUUUCCAUUUAAAAGUGAUGAGAGCUUGAAUGCACAGAAAGUAACUGUAUAUACUUUAAAGGUUUUUGAAGAAGAAUAUUUUGCAAGUGUGAAACAAACUGGGAAUAAUACUAUUGGAAAAUGUGACUUGGUAGUUUGGGUAGAAGGUGUCCAUUUAUCCUGCAUCCAUUAUUUAUCUGUUGAUCUCUCCAUCUAUCCAUGUCCCCCUACAUCUAUCCCUUCAUCUCUCUAUCUCUCCAUCCAUCCAUUCCUUCAUCUCUCCAUCCCUCUACCUCUCCAUCCAUCCCUCCAUCUCACCAUCCAUCCCUUCAUCUCUCCAUCUCUCCAUCCAUCAUCCAUCUUUGGUCUUCGGUUAUGCCGGCUGCCUCUGCAUAACCUAUCUUCAAUACCUGUUGAUCAACAUUUCGGCUUGCUCCAUCACUGGGUUUACUAUAGAAAGAUAUAUCGCCCUUUGCCACUCCAUUUAUACAUCCAUCCAUCCCUUGAUCUCUCCAUCCAUCUACCUCUCCAUCCAUCCCUACAUCUCACCAUCCGUCCAUCGAUCCAUCCAUCAUCCAUCCAUCGAUCUCUUCACCUCUCCAUUCAUCUACCUUUCUAUCCAUCCAUCCCUCCAUCUCACCAUCCACCCAUUCAUCUCUCCAUCCAUCUAUAUCUCCAUCCUUCCAUCCAUCAUCCAUCCAUCUACCUUUCCAUCCAUCCAUACCUUCAUCUCUCCAUCCCUUCAUCUCUCCAUCCAUCCACAUUUUGCUAUUCUUAGAUAUCAGAGUAAGGAAAUUAAAUGUUUGGAUUUUUGUCUAUUUUAAGUAAAAACACAGCUCCAUUUAAAUAUAUAUUGUAUGGCAUUAUUAGCUGACAAAGAUGCUGGACACAGGGUGUCUCUGUUACACUCAAACACAUGUGGUACGUUUGUAGUGAAUUUGUAAGGAAUGGGGCACAUCAGGCUUACCAAAAAAAAAUAAUAAUAAUAAUUAAUAAUAAUAAUAAUAAUAAUGUUUGUUAUUUCUUGUGUGUUUUAGUUAAACUGUUUCUUAUUCCAACAGGAAGCUUUGAUGUAAGGAAAGUGUAAUUUAGCUGCAUAUCCAUCUGUUCUACCAGAGUUUCGUAUUUACCCAUAGGAGAAGAAAGUGGGAAAAAAGGGUUUUGAAGGGCAAACAUGGCAAAUCAUACAUUAUCUUUGGAAAUGCUUUUACUUAAUGAAACAGGAUUAAAUCAAACACUGGACAAAAUGCCUCAGAAUGCAUUGGAGGUCCAGGUGGUCACCAUUCUCCUUGUACUUUUGAUCUGCGGAGUAGGUAUUGCUGGCAAUAUCAUGGUCGUUUUAGUGGUAUUAAGGACCAAACACAUGAUGACUCCUACUAACUGUUAUUUAGUCAGUUUGGCCAUUGCUGACUUGAUUGUACUACUGGCUGCCGGUCUACCCAAUAUUUCUGAUGUGGUUGCCUCUUGGGUCUUCGGUUAUGCCGGCUGCCUCUGCAUAACCUAUCUUCAAUACCUGGGGAUCAACAUUUCGGCUUGCUCCAUCACUGCGUUUACUAUAGAAAGAUAUAUCGCCAUUUGCCACUCCAUUAAAGCUCAGUUUAUCUGCACUGUCUCCAGAGCCAAAAAGAUUAUUGCCUUUGUGUGGAUGUUCACCUCAAUGUACUGUGUGAUGUGGUUUUUCUUGGUGGACACCAAGGAAGUCAAGUUUGCCGAUGGGGUUCAAGUCAACUGUGGUUAUAAGGUCUCUCGAAACUUGUAUAUGCCCAUCUAUUUCCUGGACUUUACCAUAUUUUACGUGAUCCCUCUGGUCCUGGCCACCGUUCUUUAUGGAUUGAUAGCGAGAAUAUUAUUCAUGAAUCCUCUGCCUUCGAACCCUCAGGAUUUGAGCCGAAUGAGCUCAAAGCAUCAUGGGAAACCGUAUAAUUCCAUCAAACUUUCUUGCAAGGGAAAUAAAAACACAGUGAGCUCCAGAAAACAAGUGAGUAUGGAAUCUGGCCAGUUGAAAAUCCCACCAACAUAUACAUAUCUAACUUAAUAUUUACUUUUAAGCAAAAUAGUUUAUCAUAGUUUGUUUUUAAGGACAUGUAAAGGGAACAUUGUCAAAUUAUAUGAACAUUUAUAAUUUUAUUUCUAAAUAAAAAAUAUUAGCUCUUGAGAACCAGGGUUUAAGAAAAAUUCUUUAUAUCAUAGCAGAUAUUUGGGGGAAUUUACCAGAUUCUGCAUGAGGGUACUGUUGCUUAAAGAUUGAGGUUUUAAUAAUUACCAUAUUAUUAUUUUGUCCAGAAUGUACUUGUAACCAUCAUCAGGUAAGCUGGAUAAGUCAUUAUAGGUGUGUGCUGCAAAUUAUAUUGACAUCUCCAUAUACCAUGACCUAAAGUAUCAUAAGGAAAAUUGUGAAAUCUUACCCAUUAUUUAUUACGUUUGAGAAAAAGAAAUACAUUUUAAAUGUAUCCUACUCUUAACGUGUUUUUCUAUCUAUUCUAUACUGAUAUCAACCAUGUUACAAUUAAUUCUAUGUUGAGAUAUGUUUCUUUUCUGCAGAUUAGCCCACUGCUCAGUAUACACAAAAGUUUAGAGCAGGCAUAGGCAACCUUCGGCACUCUAGAUAUUUUUGACUACACCUGCCAUGAUGCUUUGGCAGCAUUAUGGUGUAAGAGCAUUAUGGGGGAUGUAGUCCACAACACCUAGAGUGCCCAAGGUUGCCUAUCUCCGGUCUAGGGUUUAGGCAAUCCCUGUUCUGUUCCGAAAGGGUUACUGACAGCCUGGACCACAGGUGUGCCUGAAUACACAGCUGAGGAACACUGCAUUUUAUAAACCAAUUGGCAGAGUUCUCGUCUCUGUAAGGUCAAUGGCUGUGAUAUGCAUAACAAUGGGUUAAAUCUCUUAUUCUUUUAUUGAGCCAUUUUGAACAUGGGGUCUAUAGAAAAGCAUCUAAUUUUUGGUUUCCUUGCAGACUCAGACAUCAGUUACAGACUGUGAGUGCUGGACUAGCCAUAAACAGUGCUCAAUGAAUAUCUCUGCCAUUCAAAUUUGGAUAGAUCUGUAGAGAUAUUAUUAAAGUGAUGUGAACAUUAUCUUGGCGUCAGCUCAGGGCUUUGGGUAUUGGAGUAGAAUCCCCUACCUCACCCAUAGUUUAUCUCCUUGAAUGGAGAAUAUGGGAUCAUGAAAAUUAGCUUCACAAGCCCCUCUGUAAGAAGCAAGGUCUAACCAUCCUGCUGGCUGUUACAGACUAUAACCUCUGGCUGAGCGAGAUGAGAGUUGUGAAGGAAGAGAGGAAGGGAAUUUUGCCAUGCUUAAAAAAUAUCCUUCAAUAUAUUUUAUUUAACUAAAAAAUUAUGGCUAUCACAACUGUGCAAAGGAGCAUGUAUUGAUAAGUGUUAUAGCACACCAAAGGUUAUUUUUAAUGGUAGAUCCCCUUUAAACUUGGUUCUUGAUAAAGCCGGUGCGAUAGAGGAGGGGCAAAGAAGGAAGUAGGGGGCAGGAGGGAACAUACUGAAUGGAUUCUGUUUGAUGGAGCCCAGUGAUAGACCCUACCUCUAGUGACAUGUAAUACUUCAGCCUAGACAUGUGUAGGAAAAAUAUUUGGUUCUUCCGAUUUGAUAUGGUUCUGAUUUUCAAAUUAUAUAUUGUUUUGGUUUUGAAGAAUUUUGAUUUAUAAUUUUUCAGUUUAAUCCAAAAUUUCGUUUCAAAGCAAAAUAUUUAAGGUCAAUACGAAAAUUGCCAGGGAUGUCUAAAAAUGAGGGGUAAAAGCUGCCUACAGUGUCCCAAAAACAACUGUCAAACUGCAAAUUAGUGAAUGAAAAUUGACUCGUGAAAUUUGUUCAGUGUGAAGAAUUUAAUUUGAAGUUUGAUUUGAAAUUCUAUGAUUAAAAUUGACAGUAAAUCUGAUGAAUUAGGCUUCUCCCUGAUCCGAAAGUGUUGGGGGAGAUUUAUCAGUUGACACCAACACUUUUAUGUCUACGUUUUUGUGAGGUUUUGGUGCAAUUUAUUAAACCUACUUUUUUCAUUUGUUUCAUUUCUUGCCCUAUAAGUAUAUAUUUUUUAAUAUGUGUCAUUUUGGGGUUUGUACAUUUUUCUGUCCUUUCCUUCUCACUACACGAGCAGUUGGCAUAAAUAGCUAAUCUUCAUUGUCAGCUGAAAAUGUCUUUCCAUAAACCAUUUAAAAAUAAUUGGUUGAAUAAGAUUAAUUUAAUCUUGUUAAAGGAUCACUAUAGGGUCAGGAACACAAACAUGUAUUCCUGGCUCUAUAGUGUUAAAACCACCAUCUAGCAUCCCUGGGCCCCUCAUGCCUCCAUGGAUAUAGCAAAAUCUUACUGUAUUCAAGCCUGAAGCUGUAACUGUGUAUGCUGUUUGUCUCAGAAAAACAAGCAGUCUGCUGACAUCAUCAGAAGUGGUAGCCUGAUCCAAUCUGAGAAGUGGCCAGUGAAGUUAUCACUAGGCUGUAAUGUAAACACUGCAUUUUCUCUGAAAAGACAGUGCUUACAGCAAAAAGCCUGAAGGUAAUGAUUCUACUCACCAGAACAAAUUCAAUAAGCUGUAGUUGUUCUGGUGACUAUAGUGUCCCUUUAAACUAUAGGAUGUGAUUUUGAGUUUGAACACUUUAAGAACUGUCAGUGUUUCAGUGUGGAAGCGGCCAUUUUUGAAUUGCAUCACAAUAGUAAGCACUUACUGAUGCUUAUUGAUAAAAAGGCUACAAAGACCGUGUGAUUUCAGUAGCCAAUCAAAAUCUUGGAUUUGCAGAGUAGCUCCCCAGUUUGCUGGUUCAUAUUGUUUUUAAAGAACAUGGGUCUCUAUUUAAUAAUUUUUAAUAUGCUUUUAAAAUUAUUUAAUGUUUUUGAGUAAACUUUAAAAAAAUAUUUUUUUCUAAAUAUUAAAAGAUAAAAAAUAUAUAUAAUAUAUAAAAAUAUGUAUCAAUGUACAAAAUGAAAUCAAUAUAUUGAAAUAGUUUUCAAUAUAUUAGACCACCCAGACCACUUCAUCGCCUCAUUGAAGUGGUCUUGGGGCAGUGUCCCGGUCCUUCUAAGUCUUGUAAUGUGAAACAUAGCAAUUUUAAAGAAACUGAAAUAUUUACAUUGCAGUACUAAGACUGCCUCUAGUGGCUGUCUCCCAGACAGCCACUAGCGGCGCUUCCUGGAGUUUCACGAAGUUUGACUCUGUGAAACAAUGCUGGACGUCCUCAUGCUCUGCAUAAGGACAUCCAGUUCCAGAGAAGACCCCUAGGAAUGCAUUGAGGCAAUGCUUUCCUAUGGGGAAGGCCAAAUACACACGACAUAUACCAUUGACUGACAUCAGAGGAGGCAGAGCGUGACCCAGCGCCAAGGGACCUUGGUGCUAGUUUCGGAUAAGUGAAUAAAGGAUUAUUAAACCCUUUACAACACUGGGUGGGUGCAGGGGCUGAGGAACACGUUACUGUUAGGCAUACAUUUUUGUAUUUAUUACACUAAGGUGUUCCUUUAAAGGCUUGUAUGACAAUGUUUGAAACAAGCCCAGUGUAAGUUGGAAAUAUAUAUUUUUUUUUUUUUAAAUAUAAAAUAAACAACUCUAAACAGAUUGAAAAAUGACCAACACGAGGUAUAUUUGUGUUUAAAAGGCUAUCUGAUAAUACAUAGAAAUUUGAUUCGAUUUUUUGGCACUUCAGGGUCAUUGCACGAAGGUUAGACAUGGUGUGGUUAAAUGCUAGCAUUCUUUACGUAUAAAUAUGCCAGCAAAUGUUUCAGAGCCUUGUAGAAAAAACAGAAUAAAGUUUCCUUAUAUUCAGUCAAUAUUUCAUUGUCUGAAAGGCACAUAAUAAUGGAAAGCUCAUAGAACGGAAUAGAAUGACCUGGCGGACAUUAAAGGACAAUGCUGUAUCAAAAUGUGUCCACAUGUUUAAGUCAAUACUACCUAUACACAGUCUAUUUGCAUUAGUGUCUCACACUUUGUGAAGAAUGGAAAGGCCACUCAGAAUUCCCUAAAGGUUCAAACUUAGAAUGUUAAAUUGGUUCCAUAAUUCUUUCUUUAGAAUUCCACCUGGAUACUAGAGAUUAUUAUGUGAGUCAUGAGGAAGUCUCAGAGAGGAUUUAUUGAUUGUCUACAUUGCUAAAUGUUGCCAGCCUUGAGUUAUGGUAAUGAUAACGUAUAUAUACGAUCCACUAGCGAGCAGUAAAUAUUCCUGUGUGUGUUUUGUCUCUGGUGCGGUGAUGGGUAACCUUAGCCUGUCACAGGUUUAUAAAGUACAUUUCCCAUGAUACCCUGAUAGCCUCAAUCUAUCUCUUCACUGGUUUUGGACUUGGGUGUUCUGCCAUGGAUGAUGUCAGAAACACUGAUGGGUGUAUUUACUGAAGUGAGAAUUUUAAAGGACCACUAUAGGCAGCCAGACCACUUCAGCUCAAGGAAGUGGUGUGGGUGCUAGGUCCCUCUAGGGUUAACCCUGCAACUGCUAUGUUUCACUGAGGGUUAACCCUGCCUGCUGUAAACAUAGCAGUUUCAGACUGACAGCCGCUAGAGGCGCUUCUGCGCUGCUCAUUGUGAUUUUCACAGUGAGAAGACGCCAGUGUCCAUAGGAAAGCAUUGAGAAAUACUUUCCUAUGGACUGACAGAAUGCGCGCGCAGCUCUUGCCGCGCAUGCGCAUUCAGCCGGUGACGUCAGAAGGAGGAGGAGAGUCCCCAGCGCCGAGGAAGCCCGGCGCUGGAAAAAGUUAAGUAUUUAACCUCUUCCUCCCCCUUGAGCCCGGCGGGAGUGGGACCCUGAGGGUGGGGGGACCUAUUAACACUAUAGUGCCAGGAAAACGAGUUUGUUUUCCUGGCACUAUAGUGGUCCUUUAAGGAAUUUAAUUAAAUUAGAAAAGUUAGGCCAAAGUUUCUGGGUUUUUCUAAUUUAUCUAUUUUGACCUAAAUGGGGGUCACUCCACUGCAAAAGAAAAUGAGGGGGAGGAUAUAUCUAAAAACCGCUUUUAAAAGCUACAGAUAUCUUGUUUUUAGCCUUUGCAAGCCACCCCCCGUCCCCCUCCUUCUAGCCCAGCCCAGACCAGACUUUCUAUGGUUUUCCAAUCACAGACUUCCCAAUACAGCUCAAUGAAAAGUCUUUGCAAGGCAGGUGUUAAGAGCAAUUGCUGCCUCUUGAGUUUAGCUCCACUGGGGGGGUCGGAGGGGGUUAGUUACAUUUUAAGGAACAAUUUAAAAGGGCAUUCUAGGCACCAUAAUCACUACAGCGCACUAUAGUGGUCAUAGUGCCAGGCGUGCUUGCUUUUUCAGAUUAACUGAGACUGGAAGACUGCAGGCACACAUCAUUUCAGGGUAAAUGUAAAAUCAUUAAUAAUUGGUUUGACAAUGUAUGGUGCACUGCGAUUUCUGGCAUCAUACUGCAGUGUGCUGAAGUGGUGUUGGUGUGUGGCGUACAUUUGUUGUUGUUUUUGUUUUCAAAGGUUUCAAUGUGCUCUGGCUGUUAAUUAAGGUCUCACCCAUGCCUCUUGAUAAGUAACUGCAUCAUAAUUACUCCUUAAAAAAAUUAAAAGGAAAUUGCUAGGAUAAUACCUUAAUUCUAAUUUUUUGUUUUCCAGCUUUAAAAACUGUUUUCUCACUAAAAAGUAUAUGAACUAUUAACCUACAGAGGUCAGACUGGUGUACCUGUGGACGUUGGGGAUUGUUCUAUUCUUUAAUAAACUGACUCCAUUCCAUCAUCAACAUCAUUCAUUUAAUUUCCUCUGGAGGUUAUUCUGGAAACGGGGCCAACAUCUGGAUAUGAUCAAAUAAUGCAUAAUUUACUUGUCAAUUCUCCACAGUUUCUCAGUUAAUGAAUGGACCCACCUGUGCAAGAUAUUCUCAGGAUAGAUAAUGAUGACAUUGGUGUAGACUGAUUUGGUUCACAGCUAAGGAGUGUGUGGUUGAUUUAGUCAAUCCCAAUAAUAGCUAAAGAAGAUAUUAAAGGAUCACUAUAGUGUCAGUAGUGUUUUCCUGACACUACAGUGCCCCCACCCUCAGAGUCCCCCUCCCGUGGCGCUGGAGGGGUUAAAACCCUUUCAGCCAUUUACCUUAAUCCAGCGCCGGACUCCCUCGGCUCUGGUGACCUCUCCUCCCCAUCCGACAUCAGCUCCCCCGUCCGACGUCACUGGAGCCUCAAUGCUUUCUCAAUGCUUUCCUAUGGAUGCUCUGCGCAAUGGAGGUGAAAUUCGCCUCCAGCGUCGCAGAUGCGCCUCUAGUGGCUGUCUGCAAGACAGCCACUAGAGGCUGGCCUAACCCCAAAUGUAAACAUAGCAGUUUCUCUGAAACUGUUAUGUUUACAUGUGAAGGGUUAAAACCUGAGGGACCUGGAACCCAGACCACUUCAUUGAGCUGAAGUGGUCUGGGUGACUAUAGUGUCCCUUUAACCCCUUCACUACCACGUAGUUAGCAUAUUACAUAGUUACAUAGGCUGAAAAGAUAUGUGUCCAUCAUCUUCAGCCUUCCUUACAUUUGUUUUUGCAGUUGUUCCCAAAGAAGGCAAAAGAAAAAAAACUGUUUGAAGCACUUUCCUAUUUUACAAUAAAUUAGGAAGAAAAAUCCUUCUUGACCCCAGAAUGGCAGUCAGAUCUCUCCUCUGAUCAAGGAGCUAUUGCCCCUCAAAUUAAAAGUUAUAUCGCUGAGUAUUGUGUUUGUGCAAGUAUUUAUUCAUUGCAGUUUAAACAUCUGUACAGACUCUGAUAAAAUCACCUCUUCAGGCAGAGAAUUCCACAUCCUUAUUGUUCUUACCAUAAAAAAAAAAACAUUUCCUUUGCCUUAGACGAAAUCUCUUUUCCAUUCUGGUCUUACCAUUGAUUUAUAAAGAGGCAAAAUUGUAUUUUCAUCCAGAGAAUUAAUGCCCCAUUUUAUACAUGACAAAACCUUACUGACCUUAGCAACUGGUGAUUGAUAUUGCACAUCGUUGCUUAGUUUGUUGUCUAUAAAAAUUCCCAAAUCCAUCUUUUGUGUUGUUAUCCCUAUUUCACUACCAUUUACAUUCUUUACCCUGAAGUGGGUAACUUUGCAUUUCUCUACAUUAUAUUUCAUCUGCCAUUUAAGUGCCCAGUUUACCAAUCUAUAUAAAUCUCUUUACAGCAAAACUAUAUCCUGCUCAGAUUUUAUUACUCUACAGUUUUUUGUCAUCUGCAAACAUUGAAACAUGGCUUUCAAUGCCUAUUUCAAGAUAAUUUAUCAAUAUGUUAAAUAGAAGCAGUCACAAAACAGAACCCCGAGGGACACCACUUACCACCUCUGUCCAGCUUGGAAAUUUAUCAUUAAUGACAACUCUCUGUGCUCUACCCUUAAGCCAGUGUUCUACCCAAGAACAAGAAUUUGCAUCUUAACAAAUUUCUUGUAGUUUGAAGACUAACAUAUCGUGUGGAACCGUACUGAAUACAUUGGCAAAAUCCAAAUAGAUCACAUCCACUGCAACUCCCUGAUCUAUACUUUAGAUGCAAUUUAGUUAGUUUGACAUGACCUAUGUUUCAUAAAACCAUGCAGAUUUUUGCUCAUGACAAUGUUCUUCCCAAUGAAUUCCUAAAUAUUAUCCCUUAAUAACCAUUCAAAUACUUUCCCAGCCACAAAAACCACCUGGUUCGCUUUUUCUCACUGACAUGGGCAGGAGUAAGUUGUGUCCCCUAAAUUAGUGCAAGCUUUUGGACUCCAUGAGAUGAUGAACCAGAGGGCAUGGAUGAUUUCACAGGUGCAGGAAAACAUGUUAGCUUGCCAUCUAGCUGUCCAGUUUACAACACCCAAAAUGCAUUGUCAUCAACAAACCAACUUUCUGUGCUGGAAUGUUUCGCACCAGGGAACUGCAAGAAACCUAGCUUUGGAAGAAAGGCAUAAAUUAAAUAAUUGAAAAUACACCCAAAAUACCAGGGUUCACUCGCUACGGAGAUACGUUUUAUAGUAGAGGAUGUCUUCUUCAUCUCUGGGCUUCGAGAUAGUCAUGGUAAUCAUUAAAUGAAUUGUUACAAGUCUGUAUUGGUUUAAAAUUGGGUGGGUGACAAAUCUAACUUCCCACUCAAUCUUCACCUGGUUGUUAGUUGUUAGACUUGCAGUAAGAUAAACAAGGGACUUGUAAUAAUAAAAGCUCAUUGUGGAAUCUUCAACUCAGCUGAGAUAUCACCAGGUCGGCCCACUUUGUGGAGGUCUUUCAAGAGAUAAUCUAGAAUUUAAUAUCCAGUCUUUUAUCUGUACAUUUUUCCUUUGUAAGCUAGUUAUUUCAGAAUGGUUUGUAGAUAGGUGGAAUGCAGCAGAUGUAGCCCAAAUGAUUAUUGCUAAGUAAAUAAAAUGUGACUGUUGUACGGUACUUGAUAUAUUCGGAAAGUGCACUUUUUAUACGUUCAUCAUCAAACUAUUUCAAGUGACCAUCUUCAUUAACAUAUUGUAUUUAAAUAUCUCAACUAUAUAUUAUAAAUGACAGCAAGUAGUUUUUUUCUCUAUAAAAUCUAACAUGUAACAUCCAUACAGAAACAUAAUAACCUCCCUGUAUAUCAGCACCAGGUAGAUAAAGAUACUUAAUAAGAUCAGAACUGUCACUCAAGAUGGAAAAAUAUGAAAAUUAAUCCAUUCUGUAUUUGUCCUGCCACAUACCAUCUCUCUAAUGCAUCCAACCUUAUUAUCUCUCACUCCUAUCAAUUUACUGUGAUCUAGGGAAAGAGUUACAGUAAAUUAAAAGUAAACAUUACAUUUAUAGAAUGUAAAGACUCAAUUUAUUGUUACUAUUUGAAGAAUUUGCCUACCUGGUUCAGGGUUUUGUGAGCUAUAGAGAUUUGUAUAGCUCUUAGCAUUUUAUGAGGUAGUUUAAGAUUUGCUUAGUUUUUUUUAAUCUUCUUGCAAUGAUUUUAUCAUACUCCCUCCCAUUCCUCAGUCUUCUCAGCAAAUGCUACAUAAUGUAAAAUGCAUAGGGCAGAGGGUGCAAUGCAUGGGUCAGAAUGUGAAAUGCAUGGGACAGUGGGAAAUGCAUGCAGCAGGGUGUGACUGCAUGCUUUAGGUGCUAUACAAGCACCAGCUCUGCUGUUUGCCAUCAAGGACCGGAGGGGAGAUCAGUGAUCUCCCUCCCUGGCCCACACAGGCUGAUUGCUGGGCGGCCAGCAGGGAGAGAGAACCCGAGGGAGAGAGAACCUGCAGCUCCGCCGGGUUCUCUGCUCGUGAUCACGGAGCGUUGCCGCGGUUACCAUGGCAAAGCUCCGUUCUCGCAAGAGUGAACUCUACUCUGAGCUGCAGGUUAGAGUUCACUCCCCCACUAGAAUCACCAGGGAAUGGAAGAAAGCAAUGUCUCCCCCUCCCUCAGCAAAGGUAAGAAGGGAGGGGGGACAUUAGCUAUAUUUAUUUAAUUAUUAAAAAACAAAUAUCUUUCACCUGCCCCCCUACCCCCUCACACACUGCACCACACACAGCCCCCCUUACACACACAGCCCCCCUAUCCCCUCACACAAACUAUAACCCCCUACACAUUAUACACACAACCUUUACACACACAGCCCCCAUACACACCAGCCCUCCUUACACACACAACCCCCCUUACACACACAGCCCCCCUACACCCUCACACACUACAAGCCCCUACACACAGCACCACACACACACACACAGCCCCCUUACACACACAACCCCCCUUCACACACACAGCUUCCCCUUACACACACAGCCCCCCCUUACACACAGCCACACACACAGCCCUCCUUACACACACACACACAUGCCACACAUUCCACACACACACAGCCCCUUACACACACACAGAGCCCCCUUACACACACAGGCCCCCCCUUACACACACACAUACCCACAACACACACAGCUCCCCCUUACGCACACACAGCAAUCCCUUACGCACAGUCCCCCCAUACACACACACAGUCCCCCCAUACACACACAGUCCACCAUACACACGCAACCCCUCCUUACACACACAGCCCCCCUAUCCCCUCACAUACUAUAACCCCCUACACACUGCACCACACACAAAUAUACAGUCCCCCUUACACACACACAGCUUCCCCUUACACACACUUCCUCCCCUUACACACACAGCCCCCCCUAAACACACAUAGCCCCCAAUACACACUGCCCCCCAUACACACACAAACACACUGCUCCCAAUAUACAAAUUGCUACCCCAUACAUACACUGCACCCCUCUCAAACAUGCACUACCCCUGCAUACACAUACUGCGACCCUCACAUACACUGCACCACACACACACUACAGCCCCUAUCCUAGCAGACACUGGGUAAGUUAUCAAACGUUUUUUUAAAUGGUUUGAUUACUUACUCUGGGAGGGCACCACAGCAAAUCCUGGCACCAAAACCACUACAGAGAGCUUUAGUAGUUAUUGUGCCUGGAUUGUUUCUUAAAAUGAUCUGCCAGUGCCCCUCCCGAUAUUAGCAUCUGGAUCUGCCACUGUGACAGACUCACACACGCACACUGACACCACUGGAUCCAAUAUUCCAAACAGUAAGUACUCACCCACAUCCGACGGCUAAUAGAGGUACAUCCAAAUCUUCUUUCUGCCUCCGAUAGUCCUCUUGGGGAAAUCACUUUCGAUGCAACGAGCUUCCAUUUCCGGCAAUUGUGACACUCGCCGUCAUGACUUAAUUACGUAAUGACAUUCAGAGUGAUGAUGCAAUCCUUCGCCCCGUCUCUCGGGGCUUUCUCAAGCAUGGAUGAAGUCCUGUACCCUUUAUAUUGCAGCAGCGUAUGGCAAUCCACCACAAUAAAAGUUCAUAGUCCUGUAUAAGUCAAUCUGAUAAUGUCCAAAAAGUAUAGGGAUUAAAAAGGGUGUGUAGUAACGUUUUGCAAUAAUACUCAUUAUUACAUCCCCUUUUUAAAUCCCUAUACCUUUUGGACAUUAUCAGAUUCCACAAGAGGACAAUGAAAGGGAAAUCGGAAGUGGGAAGUCCUAGAGAUUUUGGAUGCAUGUCUACGAGCAAAUUUUAACGUUUUGUUAUUGCUUCAAUAAAAGUUUAAAGUGAAGACUUUGCCAGUGUGUGAGUCCUUACUUUUUGGAAUCUUGGAGGACACAAGGGGCUGAUCCUCCCCAUGCCGUAUUGAGUGACAUUCUACCCAGUCUCAAUUUGCGAGUUCUGGUCCUAUAGAUAGCUUAUUUAUUUUAUAUUGGUUAAACAACUUUGCACUAGGCUCGUUCCUUGCUUUUUGUUUCUUUUAUAGAUCUGCUGGGCUUGAAUUAGGUAAAUUGUGAAAGUAUAUUAAGUUACUGGCUGUUUAUUGAAUACCUUUAGUGAAUACCUAAUCACAUGUAGGUUGUUGUACAAAUUAUAAUUUUUUUGGCACUUUGCACAUAUUGCAUAAAAGGAUUGUCACUUUUGUACGCAUAUGAAGUAGUGGGAAUUUGCAUUUUUGCCACGUGACAUGUAUACGAUAUAGCACUUUAUGGCAGUCAUUGAGAGGGUGGUGAUUAUUAUUUUUAUAACGUACUUUUUUUUAACCAUUUAAAAAAAAUUAUGAUCAAUUGGGAAUUUUUACAGCAGGGUUAUGUUAUGGUCGCUGCAGAUUUAUGAUUUCUAUUUGUGAUACAUUUAAUUACAUUAUUCGGAUAUAAGAAGGAUUGUGAACUUUAGCACUGAGUAACUUUUUGAUAUAUUUUUUUAAAUGUAUCUAUCACUGAAACAACUGCACUGCUCCUUAUUACUUUUUAUUCACAUUUCUAAUAUUUGUGAACCUAUAGAUCUUUAUUCACUAAACCAAGAAUUAUAAAGAACGGACAAGGAAAAUAAACGGUUUAAGAGAAAAUAGCUCAAAUGAGUUGGGCAGUUAUUCCAUUUCAAAUGCGUUGGCCUAAAAAUUGCAUUUCAGUUGUUAAAUUUUCAAAGGAAUAAACGCCUGUGAUUCAAUUUUAAGACUCCCAUUUCUAUCUCUUCUUUGGAUUCCUACGCAAUCAUUAGAAAAUAGAUUACUGAGCGAAGGCCAUUCUAGUAAUGGGAUUUGUAGAUUCCUCUGCUAUACUCAGAUAUUCUGCACUCGCUAAAUUACUAUUAAAUUUCCUGUUCAAUCUCAACAGCUUGAUAAACCACACACAUCAUUUAGCUACGGAGCAUUAAAUUGACGUACGUUAAGAAUGUUCCAUUGCAAAUUUUUGAUCUGUAGAAUGCCAAAUUCUAAAGCCAUGGAAGCCGCAUUGUUAAUAAGAUCGGAAGGCCAUUAGGUCUGAGUAGUUAAUAAGAUUUGAAGGCUUAUCAUAAUGUUAAGUAACCCUUAUCUGACCUGAGUUAUAUGGAAUACACUCUUAGAGGAUGGAUCGAUGCUUGCUUAUCACAUCACAGCCUUGAAGGAUUAGGGUACUCAACACGGCUUGGAGAUUGUUUAAAUAUAUUUACUAUAAACAUAAUAGUGACUGCAUCUAAGUAUGCAUUAUCUGGCAAUCGACCAAAUGUUUUUGCCGACAGAGAGCCUCAUGCAAUUUUAAAAAGAAAUCCCCCAAUUUAGGCGUAAAAUGUCUAUUGAAAAAUGGGGAUUAAUUAAUCACUAAAUAUUAAAUGGUGGUUUUUUGAAAAUCAAAUCAAAUGAAGGUCAAUAUAACACAUUUACUUUCUUAUUUGGUUGGAGGGGAAUUCUCUAUUUUAAAAAUCUGCUGACCCUUAUUCUCUUUUGCCAAGGUUAAAAAGGAUGUUCAUUCAGACUUGCAGAGAGUUGUGGGUAUUGUAGUUGUGACGAUAGCUGAAUUGUAGAAUUUUAUUUCCAAAUCUGCUAUUUUUGUAGUAAAUCAGGGGUUUCAUACUUUUCUUCACCUAAUAUUCUUUGACCACAAUUCUCUGCAUUUGAAUUAUGCAAUUCUAUAUUCAAUUCACUCGAUAAUGUAGAAGUGUGAUUUUGUAAAACUGCGUCAGAACUGUUUUUAAUGGGCAGGUCUAUACAUUUGUAGCACUAUAGCUACUACAAUGAGCUGCUGAGGUUAUGGUGCUUUGAAUGCUCCUUUAAAUGCUAGCGGAAACUGCAGAAUAAAAAAAUUGCUUUCUUUCAUUACUUUCCCGUAAUGUGUGGUUCAAUUUUUUGAAAAUGUAUUGAAAUAUUUGUGCCAAACAGGUGUUUGGAAAUAAAUCUAUCAAUGGGUGUGAGUAGAUCACAAAGGGUUAAAAAUACUGCACGCCUACUCGUAUACGAGAAGGUAAAUGAAAAGAUUUGCGCUAUUUUCAAUCCAUCUUAGCUCUAUCGAAGGGUCUGCACCACUGACCUGAGCUAAAAUAUUCUCUGCCUUAAGUAAUUGGAACUCAUCAAAAUAACACAGUACUAAAUUUGAAAGGGGAGCGUUUAAUAAUUUAAUGUAUGGCUUGCGCAUCGAAAAUUCAAUUACAUCAUUUUUCGCUGGCAAGAUAUCUGCGUUAAUUACAGUGCUUUCUAAAAUAGCUCAACGUACGUCAGUCUGUUGGAAAUAAGCGUGUGUAAAUAAGCCAUUGGAAUGUUUAGGUUAAUAUCUUAAUUACUUCUCACAACCAGACGUAAGGAAAUGAAAAGUACUUUCGAAAAAAGCUUGGCAGAAACAGAAUUGCAGACUCAUCACCCUGCUUACGUGAGCCAUAUUGAGAUCUGUUCAUUUAGAAUUCUGAAGUAUUUAUGUAUUUAUCUACAAAGCUGUUUUAUAUAAAACUUUGCUUUAAUGCCUGUGCAAUUUUAUGUACUCUACGCCUUCUUUUGUAUUCUGCGUCUUGUACAUCUGGAAAGAUUUGCUGCAUAUGAAUUUUAAAAUGAGGUUUUUUUACUGCACUCCAGUUCGGUGACAUUUUCAUGACGGCUCUUCUCCGUUUUUCACCCAGCCUAAUGCACCUCAUAAAGGGGACAAAAGACUCAUGUCCGUCCAUCGCUGCACUUAUCAAAUGAAAUGCCUCUGUUCUCGCAGCGGAGGCGCCUCGAGUGGCUGUCAGGAAGACAACAGGUGUGUUUAACCCUGCAAUGUAAGAGAGGUGGUAUCUAAAAUAUCUGCAGUGUUUACAUUGCAGGGUUAAAUCCAAAAGGGCCACAGGGAGGAGGGAGGACCAGUCACCUUGGAGAGUAACUCCUAAGCUUUUUGAUAUGUUAGCUAAAAUUACAGCAAAAAUACUCACCUUGUAUCAGUGGGCUAGGCUCCUUAGCAUAUUGGUGUGUUGAUACCUCCUUUGAUCCUGAUCCCUGGGAGUUUGGACACCAUAUACUACUAACAGACUGCAGCUCACCAGUUAUCCAAUGAGAAAUAUCACUGCCCUUCAUUCUUCCCUCUUUGGACCGCUGGAGAUUUUCCCGGUCUACCCUAGAACCUUUCCAUCGACUGACAUCUCCAUCAUUACCACAAACAUGAAUAUGGCCGCCAAACCCUUGUGUGUUCCACACGGACAGGCAAGUAUAGCAGCAUCUCUUAGCGCCUUUGAUGCCCUAUGCAACAUAUUUUGACCUAAAUUAAGCCAACGAACUAGGACAGCGACCCACCACAGCCUCUAACAAAGUAUAAUGAGUAUGGCAGGAGCGCUUUAAAUGCACUAACUGGAAAUGUUGCAUGUCACAGUUCAAAUUAAGCUGGUGUUAGAAUUACAAAUGAGUUAGUAGCCACUCUGUCUGCAACAGGGGGUCACCUCUCUGCAACAGAAUUAUGGGAAAUAGAGUGCACCGUCAUCUGGAUAGGUACCUGCCAAUUAGGCUGCCUUCUAGCUAAUUCGGUUCUGACAGAUAAUAUAAUAAAGCAAAUUCAAGAUGCAUCAUCUCUUCCCUUUCUAAUGGCAAUUCACAUAUAAAAAAAAAAACAAACAAAAAAAAACUAAUAAUGAGCUUUUUACAUUUUCUCUAAAGUUUUACUGUUAAUGGAUUUGCAUUAUAUUUAGCCUAAUGCGAGGUCACUGACCAGAUCUUGUUAGCAGCGACUGUCAUUGUGCCUUUGUGUGAUUACAUACAGACGUACGCUAGCCGUUUUGUUUGCCCAGUUACCCAGGCCGAAACCGAAUAAUGCAAGUUGGAGUUGUUUAAUGAGUCCUUUAUUUAAGUUAAUAAUAGUCAUGUCUUAGACGAGGCAUUGGAGGAAAUAGCUCUCUCUGCACUCAGGAAAAACACAUCCAAACACAUCUUUUUUCUGGAUUGUAUAUAACUAUCCAUUAAUGGCAAGAUAAUUACAAACGGUAUGUGAAACCUACACGUUGAACAUAUAAAAGGAACAGCUAGGUUUAACCCUUUGUGUGUCAGAGGGGCAGUCAACAUAUUUCAGAGCUGAACAAGGAAUAGAACAGAGCUAAACAAACUAAGCACAAUAGAACAAUAGAGUCCACAAUAAAACUUGAGAGAAUAAAAAAAUACCAAAUGGUACGGCACAGUCUCGAAGGUGGCAAUAGAUCUUUUAGUCCUGGUAUGGGACCUUCUUGGUAGCUUCCGUUAAUAGCAGAAUAUGAAAAGGAAGCAAAACCAGAGGGAAUCCAAACGUGCAAUAUGGUAGUAUGUGGCAGGACAAACGACAUUUAGAUAAGAUGUCACUCACAUAUGGUAGAGCUAUAACCAGCUCUAGGUAAAACAGUAUGCAGUGGUAUAUAAUCCCCACUUGCAUGGUAUCCAUCUGGUUUUGGUACUGUAGAAUGAUGGUAAAUCACAACUGGAUAACGAUGAGGUAGAUCAUACCGAAUGGCAAAAAAAGUAGCCAAUAGUGCUCUCUAUAUAGAUAGGUAAGUAACAAUAAGAUAAAUAAAAAUAUACUUACAAUAGAGUGAGCAGAUUAACUGCUCUAUGUAUCAAGCCUGGGUGGUAUAAUCCCCACCAAGGAUUUCUUUGGUUGGUUGUCCACAGUAGGUAAUGGGUCCAGAUGUCAGGUAAAACUAUAUAUAAAAAAAAAAUAUCAAAAAAUAAGAUCUAAAAAUAUAUGGCUAAAAGGCAGGUAGUGAGGUAGCCAAAAUACUUUAUUUAACAACAGCAUAAAAACCACAACGCGUUUCUCCCCUUAGGGCUUUCUCUAGUGGUAAAAACAGAUACCUGACAUAAGUGGGUUUAUAUAGGCUUUACCAAACCAAAAUCUAAAGUGCGCUUGUGCCUUUAAAAACGUGUUAUUGACUAUACAUGCUAAAAUAACACAGUGUUAAGCAUCAGUACACAGUGCUUAUUAAUUUGUGCUACUAGCAACUCAGUUCAAUUAAAGUGCCAUAUCAAAAGUGAAAUAUAGGUUUUAAAACACUGAAUUUUGGCGCCAAAAUGACAUAAUUAAUCACAUGACCACAAAUGCAUGGCUAUUAAGUGAAGCUACCAAGAAAGUCCCAUACCAGGAUUAGAAGAUGUAUUGCCACCUUUGAGACUGUGCCGUACCAUUUGGUAUUUUUUAUUCCAUUAAGCUUUAUUGUGGUCUCUUUUUAUAUCCUGUGGGUUUUUAUUGCUCUUUUUGAUUUUAUUGUUAUUAUUAUUAUUAUUAUAUACUAAUGUGUUUGGAGUAUUUUUCUUGGCGCUACCUGUAUAUUGUUUGACUUGUUUAAGAUAUUGCAGAGGGUUAAUGAUUGUAUAUCAUAUAUGAUUUUAUAUCAUUUUUGGCUACCAAGCACUUCCCAUCCUCUCCCAAACACAGAGUUAUGACUGACUAUAUACAGGACCACGCUUGAAUCCAAAAUUACUAUUAUAAUAAUUUGCUGUCAUUUGUGUAUCUACCUCCAUUAAAUCCCACAGUGGAGAUAAAAAAAAUGAAUUUGACAAAUAGAGAGAUUGAUAUGGCAGGAUUUGAAUGAACCCUACGGUCAGGUUGAGAACGUAAAGGGAAAUGUGAUACACAAACCAAACUUAAAAUACACUUGAUGGCUAGAUUGUAGGUAUUUUGUGAAUAGUACUGUUCAAACAUAGUUAAUUAAAUAGCCAUACCAGUGCUCUGCAUUGAUGGAACUAAUGUAGAGAGGGGCUGUGAUUCAGGAAAUAUUUUUGGGCUCCCUUCAGCGAAAGGAUGGCCAAAAGGUAGAGCCCUAUCUGUCUACAACACCCACAAUUUCUUGCUAAUUGGGGAUCUACCAUUUGCCCAUUACUGCAGGGUUGUAUUUGUAUAUUUCGGUGGCCCCACAGCAAUGAUACUCCCAGUAAUGUGUCUUUAAACUGCAAUAAAUGUGUUUAGAAAUCAGUCUGUGUCAAUAAGAUACAUUGUGCCUCUUCUAUAUUACAUUUUAGUUAGAGACCUUGUGAUUAGUAAGUCACCUAAAGUUUCACAGAAGAGCCUCACCCUUGACCAGAUACCCCACAUCAGACUCCUAAAAUUAAUGUGUCCCUCUCUGUCCAUUGCAGAAGUUAAGAGGAUGCUCAAAAUAUAUCAGAGACACAUGUUGCCAAGGUAUGACUGCCCAAAGGGCUGAUCCUUAUGUAAAUAGGCAUAAAUAGUUUAUUUUUAUUUUUUUUAUUUCACAUUUCAUUUAGUCACCUUAGUCACUUAUGAAUAAAGGAUUUCAUUGUAGAAAAAUCAUUGUACAAAAUUGGAAGUGCUUCAGACUGGGUUUUUUGCCUUCUUUUGGAUUAACAGCAAAAACAUAUGUGAGGAAGGCUGAACUUGAUGGACGCAAGUCUCUCUUCAGCUAUGUAACUAUGCAAAAUAUAUAUUUAUAGAUACCAUAUUUUUAUGUGUAUAAGACUAUGUUUUUUUUUUUUUAAUUUUGUCUACAAUUGGGGGCAGUCUUAUACGUGCAAUGUCACUGCAGGGUUUAAAAAAAAGCAAAAAAAAAAAACAAACAAAAAAAACACUUGUGCGUGAGACAUAAGUUAAGAUGGUGCCUGACGCAUUUCAGUGUGCCACAGCCCACACACAUACCUGGCCUCCCUCCCAUGGAUCCACUUCUGAAUGCUGUGGCAAGGAGGAAGAGGUCCCUAUAUGUGUGGGAGCUGCAGCAGACAUCAUCAUUUACCACCAAUGGAGCUCCAGAGACAUGCCACAUCAUAAAAGGAGCAGCCAUAUUAGAAGGACCACUAUAGGCACCCAGACCACUUCAGCUUAAUGAAGUGGUCUGGGUGCCAGGUCCAGAUAGGAUUAACCCUUUUUUUUUUAUAAACAUAGCAGUUUCAGAGUAACUGCUAUGUUUACACUGAGGGUUAAUCCAGCCUCUAAAGCAUGCCGUGUAUGAGCAUUCAGCCGAUGAUGUCGCUAGGAAGAAGAAGAGGAGGAGGAGAGCUCCCCGCCCGGCGCAGGAGAAAGGUAAGCAUUUAACCCCUUCCUCUCCCCAGAGCCCGGCGAGAGGGGGACUCUGAGGGUGGGGGCACCCUCAGGGCACUAUAGGUUUGCUCCACCUCAGGUAGGUUUUGCUGUCUGAUUUAUAUUUAUGAGGGAGGAAAUGAGGACCAGAAUGCAUAGAGAAUACUACUGUGAUGUCCCAGCAUGCCCUCACACCACCUGUUGUAUUGUGGGAGCUGUAGUCUCCCAGCAUGCACUAUGGAGCCAUUAACUUCACAGAGUGCCGUAGCACCGGGGAGGCGUGAGAAUCAGAAGUGUGUUGUUCUUCUCAGAAGUCACCUCUAAAAUAUCAAAGUUGUUCUAUUUGAUGUUUAAAAUAUCAAUUUCUUAAUUUUGGGCUCAAAAAAUAGGGAUCGUCUUAUACCUGGAAAAAUACGGUAUAUAAACGUUUGUAUUGCACGAUCAAACGGAGCAUCAUUUCAAUAAAAUAACUGGUUCUAGUUUUAUUUUUUUUUAAAUGAUCGUUUUAACCAUCGUUACAAAAAAAAUUGUAUAAUCUCCAUUUUCUUUGUCUUUGUAAGCUAAAUAUUUGUUGGUCUCUUGCGUUCAUAUUUAACAUUGAGGUUUUCCCCACCCUGGGGGCAAACGCUGGUGGGCAUAUCAAUCCAAAUAAACAUAGUCUGUCUGAUCAUGAAUAUAGGUUAUAAAAUAUGUAAUAAGAUACUCUGUGAUGGAUAUUGAAUGUGAACUCAAAAACAUAAUCUUUGGGACUGUAUGUCUGUGUUUGCUUCAUAAAAUGAAUACUCCAUUGGUUUUAAUCUUUAAAGUUUUAUGUGUAACAUAAGUGAAAAAAUAAGCAAAUCUAAUUACAAUCUCGUGAUUUUCAGUUCUGCUGGUGAAUCAUCUGGGGCACUUAACUUCAGAGUGUUUUUUAUUUGUGAAUCUAACUAAUACUCGUUGAAAACCAGUGUUUGCCUCCCUUGUCUUAUACAUAUUGAUGGGGGAGCACAAUAAAUGUUGUCCUUGGCACUCAAGAUAUUGUGGACUACAUCCCCCCUAAUACUCUUACAGCCAUAAUGCUGGCAAAGCGUCAGGGGAAAUGUAGUCCAUCUGGAGUGCUGAAGGUUGACCACCCCUGCUCUAGAUAUUUGCGUGCAGGUAAAUACAAACUUUGCCUGAAUCUUAUCUUCCGCCAACAGUUUAUAAAUUAUAUAUGUGAUAAUUUGAUUAAUAUUUAACAGCCCUUUUCUAUAUGGAUUUAGCUUCAGGCUAUAUGGUAUGUACUUUUCAGUCAACAGCUUCCAAUUAAAAUCUCAUAUCUAACUUGUGAAUCUAAAUCAACUAAUUAAGUUUGUCACCUAUCAUUCCACCAGGACGCGCACGUGUUAUUUUAGCUAGGUGAGGAGUUACCCUGGUAGGAGAGGGGUUACUGCCGUAUAGGACGUUCCCUUACCGAAUGCAGAGGUAGCUACUGAGCGCUCCAAACUGCCGAACAGCAAUCACACAAACCCGUUGGUCUCCAAAAACAGCCAAAUAACAAUCACACGAAUCAGUCAGUCUCCCAAAUAGUCGAACAAGCAUAAUCCAUACGAAUAAUCCCCCCAAUGAUGAGACAAAGCUCCGUAUUGAGGGUCAGCAGGAAUCUGUUUUACUGAGGGCUACCUGCCCGGUAUUUAUGCAGGUCUCCCACCUGGUGGACACUCCCCUAGGGGACCAGAUGGGAGACUGUGACAAGGACAUUACAACAACCAAUCACAGUGUUACACAUGUAACCAUGCCCCUUUAAUUACCCAAUACCCUCUGCUCUGCCCGGGAGAUAAUUGUGAAGUAAUUAAAUUAUCUCCCCGGACAGAGACCAAACGCCAUUUUAAAUUACUAUAACAAAACGCAUAAAAAUAUAUAAAUUUAUAAUAACCGGACAUAAUACAGGCAUUCAACGUGUCCCCAGAUAGCUGGGAUCUGAGCACACAAAAGUAACGAAUAGCGCUCAGAUCCUAUGCACACAGUCCAAUCAGUCAAAGUGUUCACAAAGUCUGUUCUCCAUACGAAUAGACUCCACGGGAUGGCUAUCUGGGGUAUGGCUUAUUCGUGGACAAAAUACAGAAUACAGGGAUUUUCGGGAGUUCUCUACUGAAGGAGAAGGGAGGUCGGCGGCUUCAGCGGUGUUCGGGCCAAAAAGGGCCGUUUUGAGUUACAUGGGUUUACCGUUGAACGCUGAGCGGGAUAUGAAUGGCGGCCACCCAGCUACAGGCAUCAAUUAAAAGGUGUCUGCGGUUAACCUCAACGUUCGAAUGGGGCCAAGAGGUUAACCAGCAGCACACUUCUCUACUGGGUGGCUGGCCGUUCUGGAGUUUUAUUCGGUAGUAAAAAAAGGGAAUGGUAGAGUCCAUAUGAACGGGAAAACAUGAAUUAAACCAGCGAAUGAACAAUAAGUCUCUGUAAGUUCAAGACAGAGAGAUAUGUCACAAGGAGUAAUGGUUGUAUUUCAUAUGGUUUUUGUAUUAACGAUGAUGACAGGCCAUCUACAUUUUUAUACGAUGUUUCCAAACACGAGGAGUCCAUUGUAACACAAAGUGAAUUUCAGAUGUUCGGACAAAAUAGACAAACUAAAAACAUAGCGGUCAACUGAGAAUAAGCUGAGAAUUAUUUCCAAUUUUGACUAUUUCUGUCUAAAAUGUAAAAUGCGCUCGAGGUUCACUUGCGGAUGUUGAAAAUUCCCUUGGGGAAUAACUCUGCAAUUGUUUGUAAUUUAAAGGGACACUAUAGUCACCAGAACAACUACAGCUUAUUGAAUUUGUUCUGGUGAGUAGAAUCAUUACCUUCAGGCUUUCUGCUGUAAACACUGUCUUUUCAGAGAAAAUGCAGUCUUUACAUUACAGCCUAGUGAUAACUUCACUGGCCACUCCUUAGAUGGCUGUUAGAGAUUCUUCCUGGGUCAUGGCUGACUAAAAUGCAUCCAAAUAUUGUCUGCACGCAGACACUGAACUUUCCUCAUAGAGAUUCAUUGAUUCAAUUAAUCUCUAUGACGAGAUGCUGAUUGGCCAGGGCUGUGUUUAAAUUGUGCUGGCUCUGCCCAUGAUCUGCCUCCGUGUCAGUCUCAGCCAAUCCUAUGGAGAAGCUGAUGUCACCAAACAGCUUGUUAUUCUGAGGCAAACAGCAUGCAGAGCUACAGCUUCAGGCUUGAAUACAAGUAAGAUUUUGGAGGCAUGAAGGACUGCCUAUGAGUGGGGCAUGGGGGAACUACCAUGUUGUUUUUAGUAGAGUCGACACAUGGUGGCCAUGGGUGGAGGUAGUGGGUGGACAGUGACUUGUGCACCCUCCAUUAUUUAAUUAAUGCAGUCAUCUGAUGACAGGUAGAUUGUAGAUAUGCCCUCACAAGUAGGAUAUUAAACCUUCAUUAUACUAUGGAACACAGAAUGACUAAACAAUUGAAAUAGCUUGUCCAUUGUCUGUUUUCUUUGUUUCAUUAUACGACCAUAUGGUGUUAUAGUGUUUCCUGAUGAAUCGGAUGGUUGGAUGGAUAGAUGGAUAGGCAGACAAACAGAUACAUUUAUAUACAGACAGACACAUAGAUAGACAGACAGAUCUAUAGAUAGCAGGAUUGACACAUGGAUGGGAGAGAGAUGGAUGAACACAAGGCAAUCGAAUGGAUGGUCUGUGAAUUAUUGGACCAUAGGAUAUAUGGUGGGACAGACAGACAUAGAAAUGUAGGACCAUACCUGUUACUGUUCCCUGCACACUCUCUGAGAUGGAGGUAGGCUGCACAGGGGUGGGCCAGCACCUACAGAAGGUGGCCAAGCUGACUGAGAGUCUGUCCCCAUUACCAGACCAUGCUGAGGCACUGCUGAAGUUCUCUGUGUAUGGUCCUAGUGCCCAGUUCCCUCCUGCAUUUUGAAAAAAACUUCAGAAUACAGGAAAGGCCCCCAAGACCUAUUGUUGUUGAUACGGUACCCCAAAAUGUGGGACAGUCCCUGGAAAAUUUGGACUGUUGGCACGUAUGGAAGACUAACUGGACUGGCAGAAGGAUGGACAAACAGACAGGCAUAUGGAUAAAAAUGCCAGCAUGCACGGGAGAUAAGGGAGUGGAAAGUGCAAGAGAUUGUAGGACAGACAGAUAGGUAGGCAGAAUACUAGGUGGACAGACGGAUAACUGAUCUCAUAAACAGACAGACAGAUAAAAAGAGAUAGAAAAGUGUUUCGUUAAUGCUGUUCAAAUCAAGUUCUUAAUCUCAAAUUAAAACUAUAGUUAAGAACUUCAUUACAAAAACUCUACAUUACUAAUAUGAAUUCUACUCGGAGUGUUCAAUAUCUCAUUUUAUUCCGUAUUUCUCUAUGUGCGCACACGCGUUAUAUUUGUCUGGUAAUUAGUAUAAUUUAGAUUUUCACACUUUCACAGACGUUCUACCGAAGAUUCUCUACUAUUUAAAUCCCUAAGUGGACAGAAGUUUAUCGCAGCAGUACUUUUUGCAUGCUGUUCCCAUUAUAAACUGUGGGGGGAAGAAAAUAUUAACGCAGAAAAUCACCACUUUUUAUAAAAAUUGAAAAAUCAAGCUGUUCUAUUUAAUUAUACAUAUGGAGUCAUAUUUAAAAAAAACAAAAACUUGUCACCAGCCGCAAGACAGAAGCUCAAAAAUAACACAGCAAACCACAGUUACUUCAGCAGGAUCCAAGGUUCUUAAAAAGGAACUUUAUCUGAACUAAACAUCGGAGAAAAAACACCUCAUGUUUACUAAGCAGCAAUAUUCAAUGUUUGGACAUUUUACACUCCGUGAAGUGGUUAUAGUGUCUGGAGUCCCCUGUUGCAAUCCUUCCAUUCACUGUUAAACUACUUGUAACAUUUUAAUACUAAACAAUAGUCCCCAGUAGCUCAUCCCCUCUGUGCUGCUUGAGAUAAUGAGGAAGCAUUAAUCUGAGCAGCAGUGGAUGCCAGUGAUUGGCCUAGAGUGUCAGCUGACUGCUUUAAGCCUAUCACAGCUCCCAUUGCUGGUAUGAAUUGGUAUGGCUAGAUGGAAGUGUGUAAUCUCUGCCUUAGCCACACCUCCAGUGUGGGUUCGGGCUGUGGGUGACCAGGGACCAUCGUUUGGUGUCAAAAAUGGUUUAACACUGAAUUGUGGGACAGUGUCAAAGGAAUCAAAGCACUGUAACCAAUUAAAUAAGGAGAAAUGGUUCUAGUGCCUACAGUGUCCCUUUAAGGAUAGUUAAAGGUACAGUGCAUAAAUAGGAUAGAGAGUAGAGAACAUUUUCAAAUACAAAAUAUAUGCAAUAAACAUAUAUAAACAUCAAUAUUAACCCUUCUCAUUUUAUAUAAUUUUUAAAACACUGACUCAAUAAACCAAGGUGAAAAAAAUUAAAAAAAAAAAAAGAAAAGAAAAAAAAAGGGACCCAGAAUAAAUGGACCACUAAAUUCACACAGACCACUUAAUCGCAAUGUAAGACUACCUGUCUAAAUAUCUGUCCGUCCGUCCAUCUAUCCAUGUUCUUCCAGAGGUGUGUGUGCACGUGUGAAGGUAAUUCUUUCAGAUCUUAUGUGAAUGAUCAAGGAAACAUCAAAUCGCAGAUUUAUUGCGACACAAAUAACAUGUGUAACAUCAUUCCGGGGCAAGGCAAAGACAGCACAGACAGACAGAUAGCACACGAUGCUCUUUCCUCUUCUAGAGGAGCUUAGUCACAGUCAGCAAGAGACAGAUUGAAAAUCUUGACAUUUAUACUUUCCUUAUAAUAACUCACACCUGCAUGAGAUCAUUAGCCUCAACAGUUCUUAUUAUAUAAAGCAUACAGGAAAAACAUUGGCCAAUUAAAAGAUAAAAUGAAAAAUGUUUCGGAUUAGAAAAAAGGGAAAGUAUAAAAUAGAAAUAUGUAAAGCUAAAAACAGAAAAACAAAAAUAUGUAAGAGUGUUAUUGUCAUAAAGGAACAACAAUAGCAUUGCUAAGUGGAAGAGCCAUGGGCAUUGGUAAGAAGUGGCUUUAAGGGACAAUUUAAGGGUCUCUUUAGCAAUCUAUCCCUUUAGGUGGCAUGAUAAAAGUGGGGGUUAUGGAGAUGGAUGUGACAGAGCUCCAAUACUCUGACUGAGUAUCUCCACCAAGUAUUUUCUCUCUCUGGAAUAAGAAGAUCAGAGUGAGUAUAGCUAGACUCCCAAACACCAACCGAGCCUUGAAGAAGAGUAGAGUAGAUACAACCUUUACUAAGCAGGUUUAUAUUCAAACAUUCCCAAGAGGAGGUCAUCAAGGCACACAAUGUAAUUCCACCCUAGAGCCUUUUUGUCUGGGACAUAACUGAAAACAGCCAGAUAAUGUCAUUAACUUUCACCUGUGGAACAGUCUCCCCGAAACAAAAUGUUUUUACCUGAGUUAACUCCAAGUGUCAUACAGCCAUGGAAAGCUCUGGAUAUUGGGUCAGACUGUCCAAAAACAACCCGGAUCGGAUAUUCUCUCAAAGAGAAGUUUGACCAGGCCGCUGAAUUCCAUGCCGUUUGGUUUGAAGUCCCGGUCACUAAAAACGGGCUGCCUGUGACUCCAGAGAAGGGAACAAAUCCUGGAUGUUGUUGGAUGCUCCACCACCUCCCUCGCCCUCCAAAUAGCUCCCUGAUUAGCUCUCCAAAUAGCUCCCUGUUUGAUAGUUCUGGGACUGAGUAAUAACUGAGUGAGGUUUCACUGCGGCAUACCACAGAUGUGACGCACAGUUCCAUAAUGUUUCUGGGUAUUUCCUGGUCGGUGCUCUUCCUGAUGGUAGCUUGUUAGCAGUGCAUAUGAGAUAACAACAUGUGUGGGGUACCCAAACAGCAAUCCUCAUGCUUUGUAUAAACAUUUGUAACAGUAAGGGGUAUGUUGAAGCAUGCACAAUUUUAUAAAUAAUAUAUGGUUUGGUAUGAUUAUUCACACUUUGGUAUCUCUUGCCCAUCAAGCAGUAGUAUAACACAUGUAUAUUAGAUUAGGUAGGUAACGUUUGGAUGGAGCUGCCUGUGUUUAAUUUAAACGUUAAGCCAUAUGCUAGUCAUGGCACUCUUGCAGUUGCUUACAUGGGCAUUGGGCAGUUACUUGUUAAGUUCAGCUCGGUGGGCAUUAUUGCAACAGUAAUUGUAUGGUUACAUGCUAGGUAAGCAAGAGUGACUGCGUUCACCACUGGGGUUGGGCUGACCGCUGUGAGGACAUUUAAAUAAUUCAGCUAGAGGACAUUUAAAGAGGAAAAAAGCAACCUUUUAGUCAGGUACACCUAGCCCCUGAUCCGGACAAGUCAGCAUUACCCUCCCCUGCUUUAGUUUAAGGUAAAGCAUUAUCAGUGUGUAACGGCUUACGUUGGUUGGGAGUCUGAAGUGCAGAUAUAUGCUCACCCUUGCAAUUAAACACAGGCCAAGGUGGUCAGGUAAGAACUCACCUGGCCUGUGAGUCUGUGCACGGGGGCUGUGCUGGUUAAUGCUCCAAGUCUCAGUACAGAUAGGACAUAAACAGGAGAAUCAUCGUGGGUAAGCCAAAGGUCAGUGGGUGCCAGAAAUCAGGAUAAACCAGUAGAGAGCCGAGGUCAGGAAUCAACAGGAGAACACGAAACAGCAAUACAAGAACCAGAGUCAAUGAACUGACACUGCCCUCAGGGACAGGCAGUGUCUUAUACCUGGCUAGUGAUGUCCCGAACGGUUCGCCGAACGGUUCGCCACGGAUGGCGAACAUAAACAUAAACUUAGACCCUGUACCUCACAGUCAGCAGACACAUUCCAGCCAAUCAGCAGCAGACCCUCCCUCCCAGACCCUCCCACCUCGUGGACAGCUCACUAAGAAUGCAGCUUCACAAUGGAUGUAAAAUGGAUGCUUAUGUUUAUGUUCGCCAUCCGUGGCGAACCGUUCGGGACAUCACUAUACCUGGCUAAUCAGUGAUCAGCCACAUAUGAACCAUGAGUGACAGGAGCAGUCUCAGGUAAAUUCCAACCCCCCAGUGCUGGAUACCAGGUAAGAUCCAAACUGCCAGCUAUUACUUAAGCUGUAUGGUGGCUCAGAGGAGAAACAGCAGGCCCAGGACCGCAAAUUACCCAGGUUCAAAUCCCUUAUUGGGCACUUCUGGAGCUACCUCUUCUGGAUGUCGCAGUGAGAACUGUGACAUUUCCCUCCAUUGAGCCUUUGAAAGACAGAAAUACAGAGCGGGUUACAUGUUAAGCAUUAAUCAGCACUUAUAUGCUGGGUGGUGUCCAUAUGUGAGACCGUUUUUACUUGCGGGUCAGUUAUAGUGUAUGUAGCAUUUUUGGCCGUAUUCUGUAGGUAGUAUCCGUGUCAUAGCUGACAAGGCGUCUUGCCUCUCUGCGGGGUACUGUACAUACUUUCAGCCCACGCUGCUUCUCUGCGUUAACGUAGAGUUCAUCUCUGUGGGGCUAUGAUCCAGUAGGGGGUCGGGCUGGUGUGGUGGUGGGUAUGCCGCUUUGGCCUCUGCUUCGUUGGUGUCCUCAUUAAGCUCCGGACGGUCCAGUUGGCAGUUGGUUGGCUCUGUGUGUUGGGGCUCGUCGGAGCUGGCUGUGAGGCACAGCUCGGUGGUCUAUGAGUGCUGCAUGGUACCUUGCCUGGGGGUCCCACUCCCCGAUGUGUUUGGAAGGUAAGUCGUUGGUUGUCGAGUGUCCAUUGUUUGAAAUGUGUUGCAUUCUCCGGCACUCCGCUCCGCCUUUUCUUUCCGUUUCGGGCCUUCCCCUGCUCCGGAACCGCAGUCUUGCGUUUCCCCUAGGGGGGUGGGUGUCUCGCCUGGGUGUCGUGGCAGAUUUGUGUAUGCUGCUGUAGCAGGCAUUGAGUCAAUUUGCACCUGGUUGCCACUUUGCUUGGUGUAUGCUCAGGGAGAGAGCUUUUCAUCCCUCUGGCUGCGGCGCACGUGGUGUCCGCCAUCUUAGCUGGAGUGUCUGAGCUCCGUUUCAGGGUGCUAGUGUUGCUGGGCUCGGGUUCUGUCACAGCAGUCUCGCCCCCAGGGUGAGGACCGGGAUCACCCCCACCGGCCCGGGGGGGGGGGGGGAAACAGGGCCUUGUUCACAGUCGUUUGGGCCCCAGGCUGUGUUCCGUUAGGCAGGAUAGUGGGGCAGCGGCCGUCUACCCCAUUCACUGCCAGAGUAGGCCCGGAUUGGGGCAUUGAUGCCCUCUCCUCCGUGGGACUGCAGCUCGUCAAGCCAGCCUCACCCUGGAUCCAGUAUCCCCUUUGCUCCGUGCACCGCCGCUGGUGGUCGCUAUUAGUGCCGAAAAUCAUCUUUUCUAUGCUUAAAGUUUGGUGGCUUGCAGGAGCUCAGAGUGCAUGCGACCAUCCAGCUCGGCGGUCUCGCCCCGUCCCAGCUUGUUGGCUUUUAAUGCCUCCAGACAUCCAGCAUUGAAUAGACACAAGGUGGAGGGGUUGAAUGAAAUGAUUAUAGUCCUUUGGGGAGAGAUUGACCUGGAGUCCACCGCUAGUUGUAAGAAUGACCGGGCCAGUCUGUCACAAUGGGUUUUAAAGAGACAGAGAGGGGGUUAGAUAGAUAGGGUGAAACAUACAGGGCUAAGAGGAAAUACAGGGAGUUAGUAAGAGAUUCAAGGUUGGUUGAGGAGAGAUAGGGGGUUAAAGAAAUGCAAAGGAGGGUUAGUGGACAAGAGGCAGUAUUGGAGAUAUUCGAACAAGUUUGCAGUGGUUAAAGGAUGAAAUUGGGCAAUGGGUGAUUUGGGUGCUGCCUUGAAAGAUACAUCAUUGUGUCCUUUUUUAGGAUAAAGCCCAGGUGGAUUUGGAACCUAGUAAACUCCCCAACAGGAAAAUAUUAUGCUGUCAAUACAUUUCCCACAAUGUAACAGUAUCACGCCAUUACGGCUCACGCCAGAAUGAAUCCUAAUAACUACAGGUCCCCUAACAGCUAUAUUUAAUUAAAGUAAUGAAUGAAUUAACAAUUUAAGCCUAAAGUAUAUUUUAUCUAAUAUAUAGUCAGAAACACACAGAUUUUUGAGUCUUUUAAUAUGUAUUCUUAGAAAACAAUUCAUAUCUUAAAUAAAUAACUGGUAGCCAAGGAUACCAUCUUAUUCAUUUUUAAUCAUAAUCACGGAGCUCUGAAACCAAACAUAGAUUUCUAAAUGUAUUACACUAAUUGUACUUGCAAAUUCUACAAUUUAAAUUCUCUUCCACAAAGCUAUUGGCUCAUGUUAUCGUUCCAAUUAGCCUUUCAGCAUUGCAUUAGUCCCUGGUCAUUGCAUAAUCCUUGUUCAGCUCUCAAAUGGUUUCUUUUCUAAUCAAUACUACCCGGUAGGAUUCUUGAAGGUUAAGACUGAUGCGAAGCAUAAUGAAAACAGACAGGUUUUUUGUAUUGAGAACAGGUUAGCAAAUGAUCACAAUACCCAAUGGUGUAGAUAAUACAUAGUUCCUGGGUUUUUUUUUUUUUAUCAAUGUAGGAUUGCUUAAUCAGAGCUAAUCCAAUGCAAUGGUAAUAGGGUGCUGGCAUCAUAGGCUACUGAUUCUCAAACUUGCGAGCCAACUGCCACAUUAAAUAGCCACGUAUAUUGGGGUCAAUAUGAUACCCACAUUACUAUAAGGGGGGUUGUAGGCCUCCUACAUGGCCCCACCUGCCAAAAGUAGAGACUGGAGAGCCAUUAAAAGUUAGAUCCAUCUUCGAUUGUCUUUAUAAUGAGUUUAACAAGUGAAUGAAAGCGGUAAUAAGCGGUUUCACUGACUUAAAAGUUUUAUACCUUCCCUGUACCCCGCUCUCCAUGUUGCAAGUGGGGGCAUGUAUGCCAAACAGCCAGUGGCUGCUCACUGUAAUGGCCAAAUGAACCGAAUUAUAUUCUGUCAGUGAGACAUUCGGACAUUUGAUAAGGAAAAUUUGAAUUCAUUCUCCGACUAAAUGACUGAAACAUUUCAGGCUAUUUUGUCAUUCUUAAGUAUACAUAUGUACAUGUCUACUAAUAAAAAAGUCUUAUUGGACAUCCUUAUAGUAAGCCAUAGUUAAUGGGGUUAGAACUAUUUAGUAUUUAAUGGUCUGGGCACUUCUAUGGUACUAUAGAUAAGAGAGGUGGCAUAUUAAUGGGCCAGUGGAUUGUGGACAUUCUGUCUUUACUAUAAUAGUCCCUUGAUUAGUCUAUGGGUUUAUGGAACCCAGUCUUAAUGUAUCACUACACAUCACACGUUGGGCAGGCUCAUGUUUUAAGCUUCUGAAUUCAGAAUGAGAUUUUUAAUGAGUGGAUGUCCACAUACUUUUGGUCAGUCUGUCGUCUUCGUAUACACUGUUGCUCUAUAGAUUAUUGUAGUCAGGGAUGCCAUCAAAACUGUUAAAUCUACAUGCUGGUAGUCUGGGACCCACACAUGCGCGAACACACACCUCUCCUCCAUUAACCAUCUCAUCAUUUACAUCCAUCCUGUCCUUCUUCCUCUCCAUACAAGAACAUCAAGUAAUGCUUUGUAACAGGAGGCUUGCUGAGUGCCCUGUAAUUGAGUUGUGUGCCCUUGUUUGCAUGGAAGCCAGAAGGCUUAGUUGCUUAUUUCGGUCGCUUAAAGUUGCAUGAUCUGUACUCCUAGUUUGUAACUAUACACAAUGCAUUAGACAGUGUUAAAGAGAAAUGCAUCACUUUGAAUGAGACAGUUGCUUCACUCACUGCAAGCUGAAAAAAAGCAGAUAAAUGUGAUUUUUUUUUUUCCAUACUUAAUUCAUCUUUCUUAUACUUUCUACACCCACUCCAGCAGGGAGACUGAUCUAAAAAAUCAGUGUCCUAUCCCUAGGAAUACUGAAAAAGUUCAAUAGUCAUGUCUGACAGAUUUACACAUGUGCAGUUGGAAGAUCUCCUCAUAUUACAACAUCCUGACAGGGGGAUAAGAGAGCGAGUCUGAUUAGCGUGUUCAUGUAAAGCAGGCUCCGGUGUCGGAAUUAUAUCUCCUGGUGCUGCACAAUGAUGUCUUCUUUCCCCCACUAGUGGAUUGGCCUGAAACUGAGGUGGUGGCACUGAGUAAACUCCCUUAGCUGAGAGGUGUGCCCAACAAUGCAAUCUAACCAAAUUUAUGAUCAGUCUAUAAACAUUUAUUACAUACUUUUCAAAAAAAAUUUGCUUUAUUUUGGCUUGUAUAUUUGUUUAUUUAAGUACUUCCAUGCUGGUUUAAAAUAAAUAAUUGUCAAGUGAUGCAUGUUCCCUUAAGUUACCUCAACAGUUACGUUACCUCCUAGGAAGAAUUUAGAAGCAUUGUAGAAAGUGCAAGAGGGCAUUCUUACACAUAAUGGGGAUAAAAUACUUACCAUUAAAGAUGGAUUGCAGUAAAUGGAAAGUGAAAACCAAAAAACUUUAAAAAAAAAAGUUUAACAAGGCAAUUUAGGACAGGACAAAGGUAUAUAAUACAUAUUUUUCUAUAUAUGAAUUUUAUCAAGUUUUUUCUGAAAGAGUCAAUACUUAUAAACAGAGCAUGUUUGAGCGUAGGAGUAUAGAGAAAAAACAGAGACAAAGAGUUAUUAUACAGUAAAUAGACUCUUGUAAAUCAUAUUGUAAAGAAAAUGGAUUCAAAGAAAUGCCAGGUUUCAAAUUAUACUAUAUGUGUCGCGAAUGCCAAAGAAACCCCAGAGGGAAAUAAAUGUGUGAACGAAAUCUGCAGGAUCAAAAACUGUUCAGGCAAACAAAUCCAUGUAUAAACUAAAGUGAUAAAUGCAAAAUCAAACAUUUACAUGAUUUUUUCCUUAGAAUUAUAAAAACACUGUUUUUAAAAAAUAUAUAUCUUUCCCGUGUUUAUUUUAUAAAGCGCUUAUCCAGAGAGAUUUUAAAACAUGUAAGAUUUUACAACAGCCAUAAUGAGAUGUAUUCACUAAACGUGAAAUUCGCAAUUGAAAAUUUGGCUGGUUGUAUUCAGUUCAGUUCUCCUAUAUUCAGUUGUUGUGGUUCGCUAUAACGACUAACGACCGAAUGCUACCCGAAAGAAGUCGAGUGGAUCCCAGCUAUUUUCAAACUGAUUUAUUCGCUGCAGUGAGAUUUAUUAGAAAGUAGUUUAGCUCUACUGCAGCUGAAUUUCACUGCAGCAAGAACAAUUAAAUUGGACUGGGAGUAGGGUUACCCAUUGACAGAUAUAAAAUACAGAAGCAUAUGCAGGCAUGUCUUUUAGGGCUUACAAGAGCUGAUGGCCAAAUGCAAGGCCAAUAGGUGACAUCAGAAAUCAUGUGUUCCUAACACUCUGAGUGGAGUUGAAAGGUGUUUAAACUUACCUUUUUUCCAUCACUGCACCAGUCUCAUUGUGGCUGGCCCCUCCUCCAAUGCUGAGAACAUCAAUCUUGAUUAUCUCAGUCAAUCCAUCAUUUUCCUAUAGGAAAGCAUUGCUAGGCUAUUGCUCAUGCGCCGCAAAACGCAGCGCCAUUCGGCAUCUCCUAAUAGAGAUACAUUAAAUUAAUGUGUCUCAAUGGGGUGCUUUCAGCAUCUCAAUGCAGAGCGUGGAGACACUGAACGUAGGUGCUGCACAUUGUGCAGCACUGAAAUAGGAAGCACCUCUAGUGGCCGUCUGAGGGACUAAGUUACUACGCAGCAAUGUAAACACUGCCUUUUCUCUGAGAAGACAGUGUUUACAUUGAAAAGCCUGCAGGGACAGGUUAUAGAUACCAGAAUGUAGCGGUUCUGGUGACUAUAGUGUCCCUUAAUGAGCUACAUAGUCAUACAAUGGGCUAUUUCUGAAGAAAGAAUUCCAGCUUCCACUGCAAGGAUCACACAGGAACGGACGGGCAAGUUAUGAACAGGCCAACAGGACUGCAGACAAGCUGAUAAGGACAACUGUCACCUCAAAAAUAUUUUUUUACUAAUCCUUUCAUUAAGUAUUUACAUUUUUUACAAUUAAGUGUAUGUAAAAAAAAUGAGAACAACUAUUUGUUGUGAGGAAAUCAUCUUUAAAACCUUAAAGGACAACUUUCACCUCAAAAUAUGUUUUUAUUAUAAUAAUCCAUUCAUGUGUUUUUUCUCAUUUUUUACAUAUAUUUAAUUUAAAAAAAUCUAUUUGCUUUCAUUACUUGAUAAAAAGAUUGUUAUGUUAAAUUAUUAUAUAUUAUUAUAUUAAAAAAAUUUUUUUUGAGGUGACAGUUGUCAUUUAAGGUUCUGAAGAUGAAUUCCUUGAGGGAGCCUUUUGCCAUCAAUGACAGAGCUGAAGACGCCUGCGGACGGUGGGGUCAUAUUGUUGGAGGAGUUGGAUGUGGCUUGAGUUGCAGAAACCGAUGAUUGGGAGUUCUGUUGUGUAGCGCUUUUGCAGCGAUAUUUUAGCAAACUGGCUUCUGACGUCGAAUAAAAUCAUUAACAAUAACUGCGUUCAGUCUAAUAUGUCUGUCAUGUACUACAGCUGGAUUUUAAAUUGUCCUCCUACCUCCAUUAAUUAUGGUUGAGUUUCAACUAAACUCCUCUUCGAGUAGAACAGUCCUUGCAUUUAAUCAGCCUCUAUUAAAAACCCAACCAUUUCAUGCAAAUUGGCGAACUGCUAAUUACGAAGGAGAGAUACAUACUUCACAAAGAAAGACAUUUAAUUUACAGCCCGUAUCAAAUUGGGAAAACAGAAUGAAUAUUACUUUACAGCGUGUUCUGUUUAAAUUUUAACUGUUUAAAUACCAGCCAAUGUCAAGAUUAUCCACUAAAGGUUGAUUUCUCAGGAAUUCCAAGUUUGCGAUACAUUUUUAGGCCAAAAGAGACAAAUUGGAAGAAUUCCAAAUCCUAAAGGCAGCUGUGUUUUCAGUUGAGCUAUUUUGGCAUUGAAUUUCAAAUUCACUUUGAUUCUUGACAUUUUACACAAGUUAAGCUUGCACCUGCUAACCAUGCAAUGGUAACAAUGUACAGGGCAUUUAUGCACGUUGACAGGUAAUCAUUCUUUUUGGUGCGUUAUUUUAAAAUACAGAAGUGGUAGUUACCAGGUAUUAGUCCAAAUAAUAUGACCUUUUUAGUGUCUUGAAGUGGUCACUGUGCCUGGAGUCUGUAUGUGCAGUGUUUUUUUUAUUUUUUUUCAUUCAAAGUUUUCAUUGUAGAGUAUCUAUAGUGUAGAACAGUUAGUUAUCCCUUGGUUCUAGAAACUGUUACAUAGUUACAUAGUUACAUAGCUGAAAAGAGACUUGCAUCCAUCAAGUUCAGCCUUCCUCACAUUUGUUUUUGGCUGUUGAUCCAAAAGAAGGCAAAAAAACCCCAGUUUGAAGCACAAUUUUGCAACAAGCUAGGGAAAACAUUCCUUCUUGACCCCAGAAUGGCAGUCAGAUUUAUCCUUGGAUCAAGCAGUUAUUACCCUACAUUGAAAGAUUAUAUCCUUGAAUAUUCUGUUUUUGCAAGUAUGCAUCUAGUAGCUGUUUGAACAUCUGUAUGGACUCUGAUAAAACCACUUCUUCAGGCAGAGAAUUCCACAUCCUGAUUGUUCUUACAGUAAAAAAACUUUCCUUUGCCUUAGACGAAAUCUUCUUUCUUCCAGUCUAGACACAUGGCCUCGUGUCCUAUGUAAAAUCCGGUUUGUGAAUAGAUUUCCACACAAUGGUUUGUAUUGGCCCCAAAUAUAUUUGUAUAAUGUUAUCAUAUCCCCUCUCAGGCGACGUUUUGCUAAACUAAAUAGGUUUAAAUUUGUUAACCUUUUUUUAUAGCUGAUAUGUUCCAUUCCUUUUAUUAAUUUUGUAGCCCGCCACUGCACUUUUUCUAGUGCCAUAAUAUCCUUCUUUAGAACAGGUGCCCAAAAUUGCACAGCAUAUUCAAUAUGUGGUCUUACCAGUGAUUUAUAAAGAGGCAAAUAGAUUUUCUCGUCCUGAGAAUGAAUGCCCUUUUUCAUGCAUGACAAUACCUUACUGGCUUUUGCCACUGCUGAUUGACAUUGCACAUUGUUGCAUAGUUUGUUGUCUAUAACAAUUCCCAAGUCCUUUUCGUGUGUUGUUAUCCCCAAUUCGCUUCCAUUAAGGGUAUACGUUGCUUGUGUAUUCUUUACGCCGAAGUGCAUAACUUUGCAUUUUUCAACAUUUAAUUUCAUCUGCCAUUUGUGUGCCCCGUCCCCCAGUCUUUCUAAAUCCCUUUGCAGCAAAGUAAUAUCUUGCUCACAUUGUAUUAUUUUUCAAAGUUUUGUGUCAUCUGCAAACACUGAAACAUGACUUUCAAUGCUGUCUUCAAGCUCAUUUAUAAAUAUGUAAAAUAGAAGGGGUCCCAGAACAGACCCCUGAGGGACACCACUUGCCACCUCUGUCCAGCUUGAAAAUUUACCAUUAAUGACAACUCUUUUUAAGCCAAUGUUCUACCUAAGAACAAGCAUUUUCAUCUAGACUGAUUUCCUUAAAUUUGAAGACUAACCUAUUGUGAGGAACAGUAUCAAAUGCCUUGGUAAAAUCCAAAUAGAUCACAUCCACUGCAACACCCUGAUCUAUACUUCUACUUACUUCUUCAUAGAACGCAAUCAAGUUAGUUUGACAUGACCUGUGCUCAGGGGUGUAUUAGCCACGAGGCAAACAAGGCAUUUGCCUUGGGCGACAUUUUUCAGGGGGCGGCAAAAAACACCACCCCCAAAAUGCCCAGGGCAAAUGUCUUGUUAGCCUCACAGCUAACUGACCUGGUGGGCGCUGGGCGGGCGGCUGGCGAGGGAGCUCUUCCUAUGAGCGGUCUGCUCAGCUCCCUCGCGGCCGCAGAGUGAGUCUGGGAGCCGGGUCGAUGACUGAUGUGAGUGAUUGUGUGUGUCUGACUGUGUGUGUGUGUGUGCGUGUCUGACUGUGUGUGUGUGUGUUUGUGUCUGACUGUGUGUGUGUUUAUGUCUGACUGUGUGUGUGUGUUUGUGUCUGACUGUGUGUGUGUGUGUGACUGUGUGUGUGUGUGUGUGUGUGUGUCUGACUGUGUGUGUGUUUGUGUCUGACUGUGUGUGUGUCUGACUGUGUGUGUGUGCGUGUGUGUGACGUGUGUGUGUGUCUGACUGUGUGUGUGCGUUUCAGUUCGACUGUGUGUGUGUGUGUCUGACUGUGUGUGUGUGUGUGUGUGUCUGACUGUGUGUGUGUGUGUGUGUGUGUGUGUGUGUGUGUCUGAUGUCUGACUGUGUGUUUGUGUCUGACUGUGUGUGUGUGUUUGUGUCUGACUGUGUGUUUGCGUCUGACCGUGUGUGUGUGUGUGUCUGACUGUGUGUGUGUGUGUGUGACUGUGUGUGUGUGUGUCUGACUGACUGUGUGUGUGUGUGUCUGACUGUGUGUGUGUGUUUGUGUCUGACUGUGUGUGUCUGACGUGUUUGUGUGUGUGUCUGACUGUGUGUGUGUGUGUGUGUGUGUCUGACUGUGUAUGUGUCUGUGUGUCUGUGUAUGUGUCUGUGUAUGUGUCUGACUGUGUGUGUCUGACUGUGUGUGUGUCUGACUGUGUGUGUGUCUGACUGUGUGUGUGUUUCUGUCUGACUGUGUGUGUCUGACUGUGUGUGUGUCUGACUCUGUGUGUGUCUGACUGUGUGUGUGUGUGUUUGUGUCUGACUGUGUGUGUUUGUGUCUGACUGUGUGUGUGUCUGUCUGUCUGUGUGUGCGUGUGUGUGUCUGACUGUGUCUGACUGUGAGUUUGUGUCUGAGUGUGUGUGUGUGUCUGACUGUGUGUUUGUGUCUGACUGUGUGUUUGUGUCUGACUGUGUGUGUGUGUGUUUGUGUCUGACUGUGUGUGUGUGUGUUUGUGUCUGACUGUGUGUAUGUCUGACUCUUUGUGUGUGUAUUUAGAAGGUGGGGCGGGGGGGAAGGGUUGCGUGGGGGUGGUGCGGGGGUGCCUGAGUUUUGUCCUGCCUAGGGCAGCACAAAACCAGGAUACACCACUGCUUGUGCUUCAUAAAACCGUGCUGAUUUUCGCUGAUAACCAUGUUCUUCUCAAGGAAUUCUUGAAUAUUAUCCCUUAAUAACCUUUCAAAUAUUUUACCAGCCACAGAAGUUAAGCUCACAGGUCUAUAAUUUCCAGGCAAGGAUUCUGAACCCUUUUUGAAUAUAGGAACCACAUCUGCCUUCCUCCAAUCCUCCGGAACACUUCCUGAAAGAAAAGAAUCUUGAAAGAUUAAAAACAGAGGUUCACUUAUUUCUGCACUUAGUUCCUUAAGUACACGUGGAUGGAUACCGUCAGGCCCUGGAGCUUUGUUUAUAUUAACUUUCUUUAGUUGCUGCAGCACCUUGUCUUGAGUUAACCAAUUACAAUUAUUCUGCAAGUUUUAGUAGCAAUCAUUUGCACAUCUAUUGCCAUGGGUUCUUCCUUAAUAUAUACGGAGGAUAAAUAGUUAUUUAAAAUUUCUACCUUUUCCUGGUCUUCAUUAACUAACACCCCCGUUUCAGUUUUUAGUGUACCUACACUUUUUUAUUUUUGGCUUUUUUAGAAUUUAUGUACUUAAAAAAUGCUUUGGGGUUGGUUUUGCUCUCUUCAGCUAUCAUUUUUUCAUUUUGAAGUUUAGCAAGUCUAAUUGCCUUUUUGCACGCAUUAUUUGCUUCCUUAUAUCUUUUAUAAGAUGCAUCUGAUUUGUCCGAUUGAAAUGCUUUAAAUGCCCUUUGCUUCUAUUUUUAAUCUCUUGUUUUACUUCUCUACUAAGUCACAUUGGUUUUAAUUUGUUUAUUUUAUAUUUAUUUCCCAUUGGUACAUACUGAGAAAUGUACCUUUCUAAUAUUUGUUGGAAGAUGAUCCAUUUAUCCUCAGUGUUCUUUUCACUAAAGAGUUUAUGCCAGUCAAUAUAUUGUAAAGCUUCCCUUAACUUAUUGAAAUUGGCCUUUUUAAAAUUAUAUGUUUUAGUAUACCCCAUGUGCUUUUGUUUUUUUGAGUUUAUUUCAAAGGACACUAUAUUGUGAUCACUAUUUCCCAAGUGCUCACCUACUUGAAUGUUGGUCAAAAGAUCAACGUUGUUUGUUAAAACCAGGUCCUUACAAGCAUCCAUUCUAGUUGGUGCUUGCACAAGUUGUGACAUGAAGGUGUCAUUUAACAAGUUUAAAAACCUAAUUCCCUUUGCUGAGCUACUAGUCCCUCUGUCCCAAUUUAUGUCCGGUAAUUAAAAUCUCCAAUAAUUAAAGUGUUACCCAGAUUUGCAGCUUUCUCAAUUUGCUCAGACAGCUGUUGUUCCUCGUCAAUAUUAACGUUAGGUGGUAUAUCCCAACCAAUAGUUGGUUUCCCUUCUUUUCCCCCAAGCAGAUAUUUACCCAUAAAGCUUCCACAUUUUCCUCAUCACAUUCCAUUUGCUUAAGAUUUGGCUUUAAAUCAUGGUUGACAUACAAACAUACCCCACCACCCUUCUUGUUUUUCCUAUCCUUCCUAAAUAACAUGUACCCAUUUAAGUUAACUGCCCAGUCAUGUGUCUCAUUCCACCAUGUUUCAGUUAUGCCUAUUAUAUCAUAUUGUUUAGUGUAUGCUAAUGCCUCUAGUUCCCCCAUUUUGUUAUUUAGGCUCCUUGCAUUAGUAAGCAUACAUUUAAUAUUAUGCGUCACUUGUAUAUUUUGUGAAUUAUCAACAUUACAUAGCUUCUCUGUUCUGAGCUUGCCCCUCCCCCCAUCUCCACCCCCCUUAUACUGUGCUAAAGCCCAUCUCCUUUCUGUCCUAUCUCCAUUUUGUAGAUUGCUAUGACCCUCCCCCCCUACUACUAGUUUAAAAUCUCCUUCAACCUUCUAGCCAUCCUAUCCCCCAGCACUGCAGACCCUCUCCCGUUUAGGUGCAAUCCAUCACCACUAUAAAGGUUGUACCCAAUCGCAAAGUCGGCCCAGUGCUCUAAAAACCCCAAACCCUCCUUCCUGCACCAAGACUUAAGCCACGCAUUGACCUCUCUAAUCUCCCGCUGCCUUUCCACUGUAGCGCGUGGCACAGGUAAUAUCUCAGAGAAUACCACCUUGGAGGUCCUUUUCUUAAGUUUGCUACCUAAUUUCCUGAAAUCAUUCUUUAGGACCUUCCAUCUUCCUCUUACUUUGUCAUUGGUACCAACAUGGACCAUGACCGCUGGGUCAUCCCCUAUUAUAUCUUUACACCAGUAAGUAAAUUCACAUGGGAUAUUUGGGAAAUAGCACAAAUGCACAUAGAUUAUUCUUCACAAGGCUGUCCUAGACAUAAGUAUGGAAGAUACAGUACCGCAGGAUUUAUCAUGUGUACAAUCCAUACAUUGCCUGUCUUAGUCGUAUCGAAUGAAGAAUAAUUGAAAUACGGAUCCAAAAAUAACUCAUUAAUUAGGAUUUCUAUAGUGUGUUCUGUGUAUUCUGUUUAAUGUGAGAAAGUUUAUAAUACUCUGCAGGGUAUGAAAUUUUACUCGUAGGCAGCGGCCUUCCCUGGCCUCCAGCUCUCCCUUCCCGAUCAUCCAAGGAUCCCCCCGGCUCCCUCUACAGUGCGAGGAUCAGUAGGAAAAGAAUGUAAGGCUGACCUGAGUGGGUCCCCCCACAUGAUGGGGAGGGUCUCUCCCCCUCCACCCCCAAUGUACAGAAGGAUAAAAGAGAAAGUCGGGAGCCAGGCAUGUUGAAGGGAGAAGGAGGAGGAAAAAAUAUAUUUAGGGGGAAGGGUAGGGGGGAGAUCAGUAGUACCCCCUCUGGGUUUUGUCCCGCCUCGUCUUGCUCCCCCCCACGAAGUCCGCAACCCCCAUCUCCGAGCGACAUAGCGUAGUUGGCAGGAAGAGGUUAGUCAUCAUCUACUCGCCAUUACUUCCAUAUGACCUGUGAUUUGUAUCCUUGGAUAUCCAUUGCGUCCAAUGAUGGAACCAUAUCUCAUGAUACAAUUGGUCUUUUCCAGACGCCGUGAGAUUGAGCUCCUCAAUCCCUCUUAUCUCCUCCACCCUAUUUGCAGUGUUUUACUUUUGUUGUACCAAACGCCAAAAGGUGGAACUGCACUCAAUCCAUAAACAAAGCCUGGGUGCAACCAAACUUGGGGCCACCACCAAGGCCCAAGAAGUAGUUUGCGGUCACUGAAGAAAAAGGUCCAGACACUCCACGGGUCUUUUUUAAGCUUGAAGACCCUAGAGUCAAAACGUUGUUGCUGGACACUGUAGUUCAGUAAAAUGCUGAUCUUAGCCAUGGAGUGCCUGGACCUUUUUCUUCAAUGACUGCAAUGUACCAUUUAUUGGCAGAGAGUGGUCAGCGAAUGCUGAAAUGGAGGAGACAGAAACGUCAGAACUUGGAACCUCUGAGCCAAGUGGGGACCCAGGUAAGAAAGCUUACUGUUGCUAAAUGUCUUGUCCCAUUACCGGGGAUCCAGACCAGGGUAUUCUUGGCAUCAUAACCACUACAGCUGCUAACACUGUAACGCAAGAUGAGAUUUGUAUGACAGAAACUGCAAUCAGAUUGAAGCUGUUUUAUGACAGAUUCCCACUUCAACUCAAUGAGAUAGGAUAUGUCAUCUGAAAUGAAAUGCCUUACAGACAUUUAACAUUAGGAGAGCAAUGAGCAAUGCAGUAAAAAAAAAUACACUGGACAAAUUCUAUCGGACUUUUUAUGAUCAUCAUUAUAUUUUUACUGCUAAACUGUACCGCUACAAAUAUUUCAGCUGAGAAUCUAGUCGCACGUAUACUUCCUGCCUCUCUCUAAAUCACCAUGACAGUCCUUUCGAUCUUUGUGUCAAUGUCCCAAGAAAAGCGCAGCGUGCAUUAUGAUAUUGUCAUCAUAUGCUUUUUUUUAUAAUUUUAUGUAUUUAUUUUUUACUUGUUACCUAUACACACAGUAAGCUGUCAGGUUAUCAAACUAUAGUUUAUAGAUCGCGGUUGUAGUUAUAAAUUGCUUAAUUUCUUUUUUUUUUCUUUUUUUUUUUUUUACCCCUUAAGGACCAAACUUCUGGAAUAAAAGGGAAUCAUGAAAUGUUACACAUGUAAUGUGUCCUCAAGGGGUUAAAGAAAUAUAAAGGUAUAUAUAAAGCUAAAUGUUACUGUAGCAGAGCUGCAUUAAAUCCCAAUAUCUCCGCUGGUAGAAUAAAGUAAUCCGAGAGAAGAGCUGAAUGAAGGCAAUAUCCCAAAUCCCCCAGUAACCGGACGAAACACAGUUCUGGGAGUCAACUGAGGCUUUAUUGAAAUGUCACCAAAUUUAUACGGUUGUCCCUGCACAGGGUUUCCAGACUGGGACAGCAGGGGUUUUACUCAAGUGGACUGUGUGGGAACCUGACCAUGCAAGGUCCUUUCCCAGCAUCCCCUGCUGUACAGGGCCAAUAAUUACAUCAUCAAGCACAGAUAAUUAUGUUAACAGUUGGUACAGUGAAAUCUGGUAUUAUACAUUAAAAUACAUAACUUCGGUAAUUUCCAACAUAUUUUCCUCAUUAGAUUGCAGGGAUCUGAAUGAACAAUCUCUCGAAUUGCCGCUCAGAUCCCUGCAGAAAUAGGCGAACGACACACAGAAAACCAUUGUUAGUGAACCGGGUCUAGAAAGGGAAAACUCGCGAACGGCUUUAAUUCACAGAAAGAGCGAGUUUCCCGAACACUAUGGAAGUCCAGCGGUGUUUGGAAAUCCAGUAGCCGAUUUGAGUUCCAGGCACUCGAUGACCAAACACAGCUGAACUCUUAGCGAACAAAGAUGGCUGCCGCCACGUGUUCGGUGCACGAACGGCGGCCACACACAUGAAGCCAAUUAACCGCUUGCAACAAUGUUGCAACUUGGCUAAUGAGAGACACACAACCUCACCGGGGUGGUCUCCCGUUCGGUAGUUAGGUAGUGUAGGUAGUUUCCCGAACAGUGUUGCAGAUUACUGUUCGGGAAACGGAUGCUGUAUCCCCAUAGACGAACAGUAAGGGAUACGGCCAUUUUAAAGUCCCGAACACAGUUCACAGUAAUAGAGUGUUUUACAGUCCCAAGUGGCUGGGCCUGCCACAGUUACUUAUUACAGGGAUCUGUAUCUGACUUUCCUGUUACUUAUUACAGGAUAGUCAGAUACGGAUUCCUGUAAUAAGUAACAGAUAGCUUUAUAUAUACCUUUAUUUUGGCUGUAUAAUUAUCUACAAACGUAACACUGAUGUCUGAGAACUAGAUGUGUUGGUUGCUCUAGGUUCUUAAUUAGAACAACCAUAUAAAUAACAUUUCCUUAAUAAUAAUUAAAAAUGCUGCCGUGUGAUUGGCUGUUAAAGGGCAACCAAACUGUCCACUUUCGUAAAUCCGUAUCACUACAAGAGUUCCUUCUGCCCGUGUCCACUUGUAUUUGAUUGCAUAGGGAGCCAAGUAGGGAUUUUCUAAAUUGGAAUUCCUGUGUCAAAGUAUUGGACACCAUAAUGCUCUGUGUGUUGGUUGGUUAUACGGGCACUAUUAGCACCAGUGGGGCUGGCCACCCAAUGGCACUCUUAAUUGUGGGCUUGUUGGAAUCUUGUGUGCUAAAAGAAGUAUGGCCAGUGGUCCUCACUGUGAUUUCCCUGGCCCCUAAAUAAAAAAAAAUACAAUUAAAAUUAAGUGUGUGUGUGUGAGGCUGUUUUUGUGCAUAUUAAUGUUUGUGUAUAUGAGUCUCUGUGUGUGAGCCUUUAUGUGUAUAUGAAUCUGUGUUUGUGUGGGAGUUUGCAAAUGAGUCUGCACACGUGUAUACAUGUGUGUUUGAGUCUUUGUAUCUGUUUAUGAAUUUUUGUGUCUGUGUAUGUGUCUGUGAAAAUGACGCGACGCAGGCGCACCAACAUCAUGACAUUAAUGACAACACAGCCAGCCAAAACGUUUGAAUUCAAAUUUGUGGUUAAAGAAACAGACUAUAAAAAAGCUUCGGAGGGCAUGGGUCAUUGCCCUGUUGUGGUUCUAAUUUUAGUUCCCAAUAGUGCUUGUAUUUUCUGUGUGUUUUUUAGUAUAUUGAUCUAUUCUGACUAUUCUCCUUUCUGUUAGCCCUGACUUGGCUUGACUUUCCUGAUUUCUGGUAUCCCUGACUCGGUUUGUCCCUGACCAUUCUCUAAACAACAAACGUAAAGACCGUCCACUCUAAGGACCGGCAUACGUUUACUUACGUCUAUUAUCUUUUACACUCUGCGUGUUGGGUCCAUAGGAAAUCGUGACAGUUCCUUUGUCAAAGUCACUCAGAUUUUUCACUUGCUCAUUUUUCCUGCUUCCAACACAUGAAAUUCAAGAAUUAACUGUUCACUUGCUGCGUAAUAUAUACUACCCAUUGACAGGUGCCAUCGUAACAAUAUAAUCAAUGUUAUUCACUUCAUCUGUCAAUGGUUUAAUGUUGUGGCGGAUAAGUGUAAACUAGCAGUGGAUUCCAUGUGUUACUAAAAAGAAUACAAGAACGAUAAAAAUAUAAAAUAUUGUUUUUUUUUUGUUUGUUUUUUAAGUUUAAUAUGUAAAUAUUAUAUAUUAUUGUAAUUACAUAAAUUCUCAGCUGAACAGCAUGUACACAACAUAAGGGGAAAUUUACAAAGAAAAUGUCCCUGACCGCUUUCCCAGAGUGGUCUGGGAAAUAUACAAAUUACCAUAGACAGAGCAUAGACACAUUGAAAUUUUUCCGAUUUUCAAUCCCACAUUUCAGUAGGCUUAUUUUGCAAAAAAACUGCUGUUUUAGAACAUUUCAUGCCAGUUAGAAUAACAAUGAACCAAUAUAUUUGUGUUUUAUGGGGCUCUUCAGUGUGAUACUGGAUUUAGUUUGUAUUUAUAAAUCUUUCUGACACUAUCAAGCUUGUAGUGAGAGAAAAAAGUGACAAAAACUCCCAGCUGACUUUAUACAUUUUCAAAUAAAAUAUUUUAUAUCGUCCUUACACCAUAAGGCAAAUUAGGAAUAAACUUGCCCAGACACAUCAGCUCUGAAAGAUAAACCAGUUAAUGUGAUACAGAAAAUUAUAGUAUAAAUCAAUGUAAAUGUAGAAAUCAGUGUACGAGAAACAUUAAAUGCUUGUAAUGAGUAUAAAAAAAUAAUAGUUUCACCUUGUAAAAUUUUCUUUUAACUUAUUUUUAUUCUCUCACUAACUGUUACAUAAAAUAUUCUUUUAUAGAAACCAGAUUGGAUUUUCCUCUGUAUCAGUAUGCUAAAAUUUAGUUUAAAGAACGUAUACUUAAAAUUCUGAUCAGUCUCUAUGUUUAUUAUUUUCAUAUUUUUGUUCGGCUCGGUCCUCAAAGAAACUCGCGCUCUUGCGCAUAUGUUUUUUGAAGUCGAUUUUCUACAAAGUAAUGUAGUUCAAUAAACAAUCCUACUGGAAUGUGUCUAAACAAGUGUAUGGGAUAUCACGUUUGAAAAGAUUAAUGCGUACAGUAUCUCAGCAGCUGUUGCAUAUGGGCUCGGCUAACACUCGUAGCUUCAAAAACAGUGCUGUGCUUGAUGCUAUAAUUUCCACUCACAUAUUUUCUGAAUAACAAUUUCAUAUGUUUCCUCUUUUUAUAAAGCAGAACAGUGAUAAUGAAUGUAUUCUAUACACAGAUUAUAUCGCUACAGUUGUUCUGUGUUUGUUUAACUAUUAACUCCUUCAGGGCCAACUCUGUUCAAUCAUAACAAUAUGUUUUUAAAGAUUCCUAUUCAAUAGCAAGUCAGUGCUAUAUAAGUAAGAGCAGAGACAUACCUAGACACCUCUACCUCCCCCUAUAAAAGAAUACUUGGUGGGGAUUACACCACCUACUCCUGUAUAGAGAUGUCGCGAACUGUUCGCGAACUGUCCGCCGGCGAACAAUAGCAUGUUCGCGUUGGGCGAACAUAUCCGAUUUCUGGUCCGCCCCCUAUACGUCAUCAUUGAAUAAACUUUGACCCGGAACCUCACAGUCAGCAGACACUUCCUGGGAGGGAGGGUCUGCUGCCGAUUGGGUGGAAUGUGUCUGCUGGCUGUGAGGUUCCGGGUCAAAGUUUACUCAAUGAUGACGUACAGGGGGCGGACCGGAAAUUGGAUAUGUUCGCCCAACGCGAACACGCUAUUGUUCGCCGGCGGACAGUUCGCGAACAGUUCGGCGGACAGUUCGCGACAUCUCUACUCCUGUAUCGUAGAGCUGGGUGCCUGCUCUAUAUAAUGUGAGUAAUUUUUUGUAUAUGUGUGCCCAGAUCCGAAGAAUUUAUGAUGCUGCUUUCACCACUGAUAUUGACUGUAUUUAUUGGACAAGGCUAUUGUGUGCGGUUACCUAGCAAGUCGUACUCCAGUUUUAUUAUUUACAUUUUUGGACUUUUGUUUCUUUUUGUUGUUGGAUACUUUUUUGGGGCUAGAGGGUAUACCAAAUCCUUAGGCGUCCUUUAAUCUUUUGUUUUGGUCACUUGGCGCUGAUCCACCUUUCCUCUUUUCUUUUAGCUUACUGCUAUCACCCCCAACCGCUGAACCAUAGAAUUUUUUUUGUGUAUCACAAAGCACCCCCAGCCCUUUUUGUUAGGGAAAUUACAUGCACAUACUGACAUUCAUAUAAACAUACAGUGAGGGAAAAAAGUAUUUGAUCCCCUGCUGAUUUUGAAUAUAUGCCCAUUGACAAAGAAAUGAUCAGUCUAUAAUUCUAAUGGUAGGUGUGUUUUAACCGUUAGAGACAGAAUAACAAAAAAGAAAAUAAAGAAAAUGGCAUGUCAAAAAAGUUACAAUUGAUUUGCAUGUUAAUGAGUGAAAUAAGUAUUUGACUCCUUUGACUUAGUACUUGGUGGCAAAACCCUUGUUGGCAAUCACAGAUGUCAGAUGUUUCUUGUAGCUGGCCACCAGGUUUGCACACAUCUCAGGAGGGAUUUUUUUCCAGUCCUCUUUGCAGAUCUUCUCCAAGUCAUUAAGGUUUCGAGGCUGACGUUUGGUAACUUGAACCUUCAGCUCCUUCCACAGAUUUUCUUUGGGAUAAAGGUCUGGAGACUGGCUAGGCCACUCCAUGACCUUAAUGUGCUUCUUCUUGAGCCACUCCUUUGUUGCCUUGGCUGUGUGUUUUGGGUCAUUGUCAUGCACGACCCAUUUUCAAUCCCUGGCUGAGGAAAGGAGGUUCUCACCCACAAUUUGAUGUCAAAUGGCCCCGUCCAUCGUCCCUUUGAUGUGGUACAGUUGUCCUGUCCCCUUAGCAGAAAAACACAACAAAAGCUUAAUGUUUCCACCUCCAUGUUUGACGGUGGGGAUUGUGUUCUUGGGGUCAUAGGCAACAUUCCUCCUCCUCCAAACACGGCGAGUUUAGUUGAUUCCAAAGAGCUCGAUUUUGGACUCAUCUGACCACAACACUUUCACCCAGUUCUCCUCUGAUUCAUUCAGAUGUUCAUUGGCAAACUUCAGACAGGCCUGUACAUGUGCUUUCAUGAGCAGGGGGACCUUGUGGGUGCUGGAGGAUUUCAGUCCUUCACGGCCUAGUGUGUUACCAAUUGUUUUCUUGGUGAUUAUGGUCCCAGCUGCCUUGAGAUCAUUAUCAAGAUCCUCCUGUGUAGUUCUGGGCUGAAUCCUCAACAUUCUCAGGAUCAUUGAAACUCCACGAGGUGAGAUCUUGCAUGGAGCACCAAACCAAGGGAGACUGACAGUUAUUUUGUGUUUCUUCCAUUUGUGAAUAAUCACACCAACUGUUGUCACCUUCUCACCAAGCUGCUUGGCGAUGGUCUUGUAGCCCAUUCCAGCCUUCUGUAGGUCUACAAUCUUGUCCCUGACUUCCUUGGACAGCUCUUUGGUCUUGGCCAUGGUGGAGAGUUUGGAAUCUGAUUGAUUGCUUCUGUAGACAGGUGUCUGACUCCCAAGUGUCUUUUAUACAGGUAACAAGCUGGGAUUAGGAGCGUGUUUAGGAGCUUUAAGAGAGUGCUCCUAAUCUCAGCUCAUUACCUGUAUAAAAGACAAUCACUUUAUAACUUUUUUUUCCAAAGGUGUUUUUCUGGAUUAGCUUUUUGUUAUUCCGUCUCUCACUGUUAAAAUACACCUACCAAUAAAAUUAUAGACUGAUCAUUUCUUUGUCAAUGGACAAACGCUCAUUUGCAGAUUCAUAGAUUCCUAUACACAUGCAGACUCAGACACAGAGACUCAUGCACACAAACUUAAUAUGCACACACACAGGCUCAUACACAAACACUUAUUUUUCAUUUGAUUUCUUUUUUUUAUUUUGUAGGUGGAGGAAAUUAUAGUGAGGUCCACCUAACCUCCAGUAUCUUACUUUGAAAGGGAGAGCUGGAGUGGAACGUCAUUCCUUGUGUCCAGUCAUUCAAUGCAAGGAUCUCUCUGCCAUGAUUACCCAGCUCCCUGCAGGUCUUCCCUGAUGCUGGGAUAAGCCAAGAAUAUGUAUAUACAAAAAACACACGCCUUUACCCUCAGUGUUAGGUGUGAAAUAAAAACACUUAUCUUGUAGAGAAAUGCACAGCCUUCCCUGAUGCUAUCCUGGAGUGAUGUCACACACAUGGGGGAAAAAUCAACACAGACAGCGGCAGAACGGGCACCUCCUGUGCUACACCCUUGCCAGCAAUGUACUGGUAGACAGGCGCCUCCUCUGGUUAGAAGAAACACCACUGGGAAGGAUACAUCAUAGUGGUAUAAAGUGUUUAGGAAUCGGACUGUGAUGGUAGCAAAACAAUUACAGGGAUCCAUAAGAGUUUAACAUGGCCAGAUUUAUACUCAGGGUUUUUCUAUAUAUAAACAACUGAGGCAUCUAUUAUGUUCAAUAUUUAGUUUAAAAUAAUCAAACCAAGAUCAAUCAUAUUUGCGUUGUUAAAUUAUUGAGCUGCAGGGAUACACUAAUAAAUCUAUGUAUGAAAAUGAGUGGCAUGAAUAGAAAUGGAUCAGGAUGUAGAAGGUCUAGUUUCGGGGCCAUCCUGCCUACCAGGCACCCUCCCUCCCCCAAACAACACGUACCUCCCCCAUGUUGCAGACACUAAACCUGUUCCUAUAUUCCUCUAGCCAAACCAGAAAGAGAUACCAGAUAUAUCGGAUAUUACUCAAAGAUCAGAAGGUCAUAAUAGGUCCCUUAAUAUGAUGCAUAUAGUACAUAUAGCUUCCUCUGUAAUGAGUAGUAUGAAUUUACUGCUUGUUAUUAUUUUUAGAAGAACUUUAGCAGGAUUCAGUUGAAUGCAGGACAGUAACUUUUAAUAGUAGACAAGUAUCAGAUUAACAGAACAGUGAAUGGCUACAGAGUCAGAAUCCGUAACAUCUUGCUACAGCUCCACAUAAUGUCCAGUCUGCCAAAUACACAUAUCAUGUAUGAUGAUUACAAAUGUUACUUUGGCCUUUAUCCAUUUUUGAAAACUGCCUUGCCUACCAAAGGGCUUUGUGAGGGACAGCUUAAAUAUGUAAUAUUAUUGCUGAGGCCAGUAAAAAACUAAAUCUAAACAUAAUUUCAUGAAUAAUUUCAGUUGUGUUUUGAAGAGUUUGUUGAGGUAAGUCCAAAACCAGAAGGCCUUAAAAUAAGAGACAGUGCUCCAAUCUCGGAGUCACGCAGAGCCAAACAGGACCCCCAGCAACGAACAGAAGUAGACAGAAGAGUAAUUUAGAACCGUACUCAUGAAAAGCUUUUAAUAUCCAAUUUCUCCUUUUUCCAUGUUAGUGAGUAAAAUAUGAUAUAAAUGAGAUACUUGUUAAUCAAAACAUCCAAAAUAGUAGCAUUCGUGUGUUAAGUUAAAAAAGGUAGACUAUUUUUUGGCACACAGAUGUGGACCAUAGUGUUGAUGUUCUCCGAAUAUUGUUACAACUCCUUUGUACCAUCACAUACAAGGAUUUGUAUGUGAUGAUACCUGUGUAUUGUACAAACUGAUGUGUAUAUGAUGUCAAUUAUCAAGGUUCUCUCUUUUGGCUGAUGCUACACCCCUCCGUGCACCUCGGUCACAAUUUCUUCUUCUUUCUCUACCCUCCUCCCCAUUCCAUCUUGGUUCUAAAAAUUCAACAAAACUUCCAAAUUUAAAUAGUAGCUAACCUUGGUUCAUUCAUUAAGCUGAAAAUUGCAGAACACUGACGAGGGAAUUGCAAAUUUUAAGGGGAAAUAGCUAAACUGGUAAAUAGUUGAGUUUGAGUAUUUGUUCCAAUUUGGUUACAAAAACUACUUGCAUUAUUCUUGUUCAUUUUUAAAAAUGCCCAGUUUUAUAAAAAUGCCCCUAGUUGAAACAUCCACAAAUUCCAGAAACCGCUAAUCUAGAUAGUUUAGAAAAGGGUUAAUGCCUUGCAAAAGAACAUUUUUAUAAUCUUAUGAUGCUCUGCGCAUUCUUAUAAAACUAACCUUAGGCUGUUUGGCCGCAUUCAAUCACAGCGUACAGGAAUUGUGUUGUAAUUAAGUUUACCACUGGAAUAUCCAAAACAUAAGCGCUCUGUAUUUUGUAAUUUUGCCUCUAGAGUCUCUUUCUCGCAGCAGUGUGGAACAGUGUUCCUUUGUUCCAGCCAAGUCACGAACAAUGUUGUUCUCUGCUGCAAUCCCAGUUACUCUUGUAUAUACAAGCUACUAUGGGAUAGUGAAUCGGAACAGCUGGUAUUAUGAGCAAACCGCUGUGAGCACGCUACAGCUAAGCCAGACUUUUAUGUGGAUCUUGCUGUGUGCUGAUUUUGUACUUGGGUACUUUAAUUAGUUUGCUGUCUUGUUUUAGAUAAUAGCUUCUGCGAGAGAAUAGCGAGUUUCUGUUUCACGAGCGCUGUUACGGUUUGUGUUGUAAUGCACAGGCAAAAUGGAUUAGAUGACAAAGGAAUUAUUGCAGCAAUUGCAGUGAUUUAUGAUAUUUGAUUGCAUCAAUUAUAGUACGUUUUAAUACUAUAAUCAUCUUGCAUAAUAGAACUCUAUUGUUACAUAAUUGCACAAUAAAAUCGCUUAUAAAGAUUAUGUGUUCCAUUCCCAGAGCUCAAAUAUUCAAGCAGUAGAGGAUUACACUGCAGGAGAAAUUGGACAAUGUACUCAGAGCUUCAUAUACAUAUACAAAGACCCGAUUGACGUUUCAACCCCAAUUGGGUCUUUCUCAAGAUCCAAGAAAGACCCACUUGGGGUCGAAACAUCGAUCGGGACUUUGUAUGUGUUUUUUUGAAUUCAUUAAAGUAACACAGUAAAUAAAAAAUAAAAAAUCCCUUGGAGUGCACCUUAAUUUUAGGACUAUCUUGUUAAAGAGGAUUUUCACCAGGGUACCAAUUUAUUAUUAUGAUUUAUGAGGUGAGUGUCAAGCUCUCUCUCUCUCUCUCUCUCUCUCUCUCUAUAUAUAUAUAUAUAUAUAUAUAUAUAUAUAUAUAUAUAUAUAGCACACUUCUCACUUGACCUAUGAAUAAAAUUAAUAUUUAGUUAUCUUUUUUUCAAAUUAAAAUUAUUAACACACACACACACACACCCCUCUCCCCAGAUUAUGUUGGACAUUGCACUUUUUGAUUACUAUGUAACAUAUAUAUAUAUAUAUAUAUAUAUAUAUAUAACAAAAAAAGCCUUGCACUCCUACCAAACUUUAAAUAGAACCCGGUGCUCGAUUGCACAAUAAAUACCAAGCAAAAGAAAAAUCAGCACUCCCAGGAUUUGUAAAUAAGCCAAAAAAAUACUUUACUCCACAGGUCAACGUUUCAGCUCCUCUUGGGAGCUUUCAUCAGGACAGCAUACAAAGCAUAAAUGAAAAACAACACAGCUUAAAUAGGGACAUAUAUCCAAUUAAAACUCACAAUCCAGGUGUGAUGAUGGAGAACCUCCCCUCCUCUCGAGCGUCCGCUCAAACACUAUCAAUUCCCGGCAUUUCCCCACUUCCUGCUCACGCCGUCACGUGAUAUACGUGACAUCACCACGUUCAUUACGUUGCCAUGGAGAUCGGGACGCCAUUGCGUCUAACAACGAUCUCCUCAGUUACUUCCUGAAUGGCUGCGUCGUCCGUAGUCAUAGUGAUACCGGACGCAUGCGUAUCUAGCUUGGAUAUUCCGGUCUCUACAUUUAUCCUCCACCAAGGAAGGAAUUAAAGCUGUAACCUGUGUAUAUACUAAAAUCUAGAGAGAGGGGAAGAAAAGGCCACAUAUACAAAACGAACCCCUAAAUCCUAUAAUAAAAACCAAAGGUUAAUGGUACUAUCCACCUCUAUGUGAAUACAAUAGUGACAACACCAAUAUUUAAGAUCCAAACAACGAUCCCAUGUUCUAUAAAAAUUAUAACUAACCCACUAAUAACAUACUGAGCUAAUAAUUAACAUACUGUGAAAUAACCUUAAGCAAGGUGUUAUAAAGAUAGACAAUAAUGUCAUUAGCAAUAUGUGUAUAUGAUUGUGGUAAUAUUCAUAUUUGGACAUCCAUAAGGAUGUAUCCUUAAUCAUGUGUCAAACUCAUGAUCGAUUAUACAUCUAUCCAAACUUUAAAGUGCACGUGCAUAUAUACUUGUGGACACCUCAUCCCUUGCAAAAGUUUCAAUCAUCCACACACGGGACAAAUAUUCAGAAUACAAUAUAGAAUCAAUUGUCGGACUGACUUUGUUAUUUAUAAGUUGUCCUGUCCUUGUGGGCUUAAUUACGUUGGAAAAACGGAGACCGCCCUCUGUGAGAGGAUAAGAGGACAUAGGUCGAGUAUUAGAUUAGCCUACAGGGAUAAUAAGUCUGACAAACCGGUCGCACGACAUUUUUUGGAAAAAGGUCAUCCCCUCACAUCAUUGAAAUGUGUGGCGAUAGACCAUGUCCCAGUUUCCAGAAGAGGUGGCAAUAGACAAGAAAGACUUUUGCAAAGAGAAACAUGGUGGAUUAAGAAACUGGGAACUCUAGCUCCAAAUGGACUAAAUGAAAAACUGUCCUUUGUUGCCUUUUUAUAAUUAAAGGGGGCGUGCGAUAGUGGGAUGACAAUUAGAAAAUAUUGUGGUCCUGCUUAGAUGCAUGCCAGCCCCUUUUUGAAUUUUUCAAUUCUUCUACUUUUUAAAUCAUUGUUUAUUAUUAGAUACAUUUUAUGUUGAGAAUUUGUCAUGCUUUAGACUUUUCUAAAUUGGGACUUCCAAUCCAGGUUGUGCUGAAUCGUCCACAUAUGAUAUGCCCUUUUCCUGUUUGGGGUUUUUAUUGGUACAAUAAGGGACUUACUUGUGUCCUUUUGUCAGAUGUUCUGUCCAAUAGGGAUUUAGGACAUAGAUGACUAUAUGAAUUUAUGGAUUGGCAUGGAGUUAAUCUUGGAUUCUAGGCACUGUUUCACUUUAAUUACUGAUAUUGUCUAUUAUUGUUUUUCACGCAAAUAUAUGCACGUGCACUUUAAAGUUUGGAUAGAUGUAUAAUCGAUCAUGAGUUUGACACAUGAUUAAGGAUACAUCCUUAUGGAUGUCCAAAUAUGAAUAUUACCACAAUCAUAUACACAUAUUGCUAACGACAUUAUUGUCUAUCUUUAUAACACCUUGCUUAAGGUUUUUUCACAGUAUGUUAAUUAUUAGCUCAGUAUGUUAUUAGUGGGUUAGUUAUAAUUUUUAUAGAACAUGGGAUCGUUGUUAGGAUCUUAAAUAUUGGUGUUGUCACUAUUGUAUUCACAUAGAGGUGGAUAGUACCAUUAACCUUUGGUUUUUAUUAUAGGAAUUAGGGGUUCGUUUUGUAUAUGUGGCCUUUUCUUCCCCUCUCUCUAGAUUUUAGUAUAUACACAGGUUACAGCUUUAAUUCCUUCCUUGGUGGAGGAUAAAUGUAGAGACCGGAAUAUCCAAGCUAGAUACGCAUGCGUCCGGUAUCACUAUGACUACGGACGACGCAGCCAUUCAGGAAGUAACUGAGGAGAUCGUUGUUAGACGCAAUGGCGUCCCGAUCUCCAUGGCAACGUAAUGAACGUGGUGAUGUCACGUAUAUCACGUGACGGCGUGAGCAGGAAGUGGGGAAAUGCCGGGAAUUGAUAGCGUUUGAGCGGACGCUCGAGAGGAGGGGAGGUUCUCCAUCAGCACACCUGGAUUGUGAGUUUUAAUUGGAUUUAUGUCCCUAUUUAAGCUGUGUUGCUUUUCAUUUAUGCUUUGUAUGCUGUCCUGAUGAAAGCUCCCAAGAGGAGCUGAAACGUUGACCUGUGGAGUAAAGUAUUUUUUUGGCUUAUUUACAAAUCCUGGGAGUGCUGAUUUUUCUUUUGCUUGGUAUAUAUAUAUAUAUAUUAGCUCAGAAUUCAGAAAUGCUAUUGAACACUGAUCGGUCCAAAUUCAGCCACAUUGUAGUUUGGUCUCAAACAAAUCUUCAUGUCUAGUUUCAAUGUUUAUGGUGUCCGGAAUUUAGAGGUAUGGUACAGGUAGAAAUAUGUGAUAUAAGAAAGAGAUUAGUUGAGAGAUCUAACUCACAUUCUCCCUGUAAAGUUGAGCUUAUUAUACACAGGAUGUAGUAAGCUAGUUUAGUGGGUUAAUGCACCUGCCAUAGAAAUCUAUGUGUGUCCUUCACUGACCUAUGAACGUUGAAAUAUUUGUAGAAUUUGUUAACUGGUCAUUACAUGACUUUUUUUAGAUUACUUUUAUUUAACACGUUUUGUUAACCACAGCUAUUAAAAACACAAACAUUUUUAUUUUAUUUUGGCACGAUGCUCAUGAAAGAGACCUCCGCAGCCAAUCACUAUCAGUUUGAGGUUCCCUAAAUAGUCGCAAAUAGUCGUACAGAGCUAAGAGAGGAUUAAUGGGUUUGAGUGGAUGAGGGAUGGGGAUGAUUUUGAUGACCUAUGCGUUUUCUUGCUUUACCACAGAUCACCAUGUAGGAAUAUAAUGUAUUUCACUCCUUUAAGGGACAUUGAAGUUCUUGAUAAUGCACCAUAACAUUCUUAUGGAGUUAAUGCUUAUUUCACAGGAUUCACCGAAUUCAUAAUGACAAAAGGCCAUUUUUUUACCUGCUGGCUUUUAAACCUGUGACUUUUGGGUUACAAAUCUAUUACUACGGCAAGAGUGAGACACAAAUGAGCAAUUUUAUCCACUACACGUGUGUUUAAUUACCUUAUGGCAGAAUAACUUGUAGUCUGAUAAUGACCAAUUAACAAUAGUAAUAAUAAUAAUGGGAAAAUGCUAAACUUCUCAUAUAGAACUUGUAUACCUGAUAGGACACAAAGUGCUUAGAGUACACUCUCAAUUUUUUUUUUUAAAGUUGUUACCUGCAUAAAACUCUAUAACAAUUAAAGUUUACAUUCAUUUUCAGCUGACAUAAGUUGAACAGGCACAUAUAUAACAUCUCAUUUAAUUAGUCAAUCGGUAACUUCAGUAUAUGCAACAUGUGAGUGUUAUCACAAGUAAUAAACUUUCAACAUUAAUGACACAAGUUGCUAAAGUAGACAUUUGAUAUUGAUAUGAAGUGGGACAAAAUGAUCGCUUGGAGUGCCAAACAGAAAAGAAAAAUGGCAGGUGUCAUAAGCAAAUCUGAGAAACUACAGAUUGUUUGACCACCGACAGUGGCUCAAAUAAAGUGAGAGCAGUUUCCUGCUUUUAUAACUUUUAACUUUCAGUUUAUAGUCUGCAGAGAUUGCACCAACGAAGCAUUAUACUGCCUUGUGGUAGAAAACAAGCAAACAUAAAGGCUCACUCCCAUCAUACCAUGCCAGUUAAUUUAUGUCCUACAGAGGAGAAACUUGGUGUCACAUACAGAGAAAGGGAAAAGAGAAUUGAAGGGUUCUCCCACAUCCCGGGAAAACACCAAGCGCCGACAGGCACCCACCACACACUCCACUUGUAGCUGCUCUCCUAAAACUGGGGGUAACCCUUACAGAAAAUACCAAACAAUACAAAAAAUUCCACGGACUCCUACAAAUAGAGGAGAACUAUGGUGGGGAGCACAAUAAAGAAAAAAGGGGUACCCUAACUAUUUUUCCCCCAUUCUUUGUCUUUCCCUUCCCCCUUUCUUUUUCCUUCCCUCCAUUUGGUGUUAGUAUUUGUAUUCAUUCAAUUUGCAUGGAAGAACAGAAAUACAAUAGUGUAUGGGAAAGAAAGUACAGUGGUACAUGAAUUCACCACUUAUGACCCGGUAGUGUUGUGGUACACUGUUGGUUUGGUUGUAGAUAUGACAGGCAGGAACAAUGUGAACUAGGAGAUCUUCUCAGGCUUAGUGGCUUCGUAGAUAAGGCCUAUAUUGAGAGGCAUGAUCACCGAACUACAUCGUACACUUUCUAACUUUAAGCUAUUGGAGGUACCACUGGUUUUAUUAUGCUAGUCAUCAGGUAGAUAGUCUGUCCAGCUGUUGGUGGGUGAAUAAAUAUACUUUGCGACGGCCUCAAUGUAGGUUUCAGUAUACCUUUCAGGUGUGCCACCUCCUCCUUUAUUAUGUUUGCCUAUCUUUGAUUUCUUACCCUAUGCGUACCAUAUCGAGCAUAUGUGUGCGUGGAUAAGAACUGUGCUAAGUUGGAGGGGGAGGGGGGUAAGUUAAGUGUAUAUAUGGUGUACACUCUCAAAUUUAACCCAAUCAAAAUGUAACCCAAUUUAGAAAUUAAUAAUAUGGGAGCACAAUAAAACAUUAAAAAAUGCAUAAAAAGACCAGGUAAUCAAUAUGUCUUGCUUGGCUGAUGAAACGAUAGAAACCAGCACUGUAGUUUAAGCUAAGAUGGGUCUCCUAAUGAUGUUUUCCCUGUAAAUGGAGCAUGUCACUGCUAAGUGCUACAAAUCGCAAUGUUUCUUGUGCUCCCGGCAUUCUGAAAAAACCAAACAAGCUUAGAAAGAGUAUCAGAUCGAUGUGUGGAGAGGAUCAUAUGCUGAGCCUCUGCUUAUAUAGUCAACACGUAUGACAGAUAUCCAGUGUGCUGUCCCUGACUGCUGAGAUAUAUGGUCAAGUCGAGAGAGAGAAUAUUUAGAAAAGAAAUCGACAUAUUCAUUCGCAUGUGGCAUAGAUAUGUUAUACAGAUCAAUACAUUUUAUCUCAGGAGUUAUAGUCUGCCAGAGGGAAAAUGUCUUGCACGGGUCGAGUAAACCCAGAUAGGUCUUCAUCUCAUUCUUAUUUAAUUAUUUUCUUUACUAUUUAUAUAGAAAUAUAGUUCAGAAACAUAGCAAUAUAUUUAAAUAUUUGCUCUAUCUAUGGAUUGGUCAAUUGAUUGACUGCUCUGUCUGUCUGUCUAUAUUGUACACAAGGAUCAUAUUGGUAUUCAUAUUUGUAGCUCAUAUAACCCAGCUGAUUGAGGGAUGUAAUCAGAUUUUAUACAAAUUUCUGCUUGCAGUUUAACUAGAUCACAUACACGAAUUAUGUUUACUGGGAGGAAUACAAUCUGAAGUAUCGAGAUUAUGCUUUCUGUGCCUCAAAAGAUAUCAGAUACAUAUCGCUAACGAGGGUAACGAGGUUUUGCAAAAAGAAUAUCACCGGCCUUGUUUUGAUCUAAUUGAUCUGUUACUAACAUCGAUUACUUAUUUUAUCACUUCUGAAAUGUUUCCUUGUGAUUGAGUCAAGCAGAGAUCCAUACUUUGUCAUUGAACUCUAACUGAUGACUUCCUGUUAUAAAUAAAUACAAUCUUGACUUUUGCAUAAUUAAAUAAUGAAUUGCUCCUACUGUGAAGCAUUGAUUGAUAAUUCGACAUGGUCUUCUUAAUUCUCACCAACAGGUAACCAAGAUGCUGGCUGUCGUUGUCAUCCUGUUUGCACUUCUGUGGAUGCCAUAUCGUACUCUGGUAGUGGUCAACUCUUUCAUGGACCCUCCAUAUCUCAACGUGUGGUUCUUGCUUUUCUGCCGAAUGUGCAUCUAUCUUAACAGCGCCAUCAACCCAAUCAUCUACAACCUCAUGUCUCAGAAGUUCAGAGCUGCCUUUAAAAAUCUCUGCAAAUGUGAGCAAAAAAGGACAGAAAAGGCAGUCAAGUACAACGUUCCUGUCUACUAUAGCGUAAUGAAGGACAGUUCCCACGACAGUCCCGAUCACGACCUUACCAUACAAGAGGACAUCAAUGGAUUCCCUUCUAAAAAAGUCAAUUUCACACAGAAAUGCAUAGACACCACAACAACUUAUAGUGUGGCGUAAUAUUUCCCAGACCCUCGUACAAUGAGUAUUUUAAUCGUUAAUGUGAUGUAUACAGAUAGUGUUGUUAAAAAAAAAAAAAAAGAAGGAAUGAUCAUAAUUGCCUGAAGCAAGAUGGAAUGAAAUUAAGUGACUAUUGAACUAAUUUUGAUCCGGAUGUGCC